GGCUGCUGGGAGUCGUAGUUUUCUUACGCCGGCAGUUGGGCCGUACGGGGAGAUUAUAUACCGCCCGGGCUCGGCGGACUCGGUUUCCCGUCGUGCCUGGAGGGCAGAAGCACGGAUGGCGGAGAAGGAUGACACCGGAGUUUGACGACGAAGUGGUGUUUGAGGUAGCGAAAGCGCGGCCUAUCUGGGGGUUUCUGAGGAGGCCGCAGGCGGAGGAGCCGGCGCCGCGGGUCCUUCACAGCCUCAGGCGGUGGGACGGGGUGGGGCGGCCCCGUGCGUGGAUGUUGGGGGUGGGUGGGGGUACCUCGCGGGGCCUUCUGCUGGGAGCGGGGGCUGCCACAGAGGGGCCAGGAGGCUCUGAGGUGGUGCUGGUCUUUGAAACCGCCCCCCUGAGAGGGAGGGAGGGUCGCCUUUAAGCACUUGGAGGGCAGCAGCUUAGACAAAAGGGGCUGGCCAUCUCGCCACAAUCCCAUCCGUGCCUGCCAGCCUGGAGCCAGUUCCAGUAGAGUUCAAUAAUAAUAAUAAUAAUAAUUUAUUAUUUAUACCCCGCCCAUCUGGCUGGGUUUCACCAGCCACUCAAUGGCACUUGCUCCCAAGUGAGGCUGCAUAAGAUCGGAGCCUGCUUUUGUGGGAGGAUGAAGGCACCGUCUGCCCCCCAAACCGUGGUUCUCUUUGCCAUUUAAGCUCAAUAGCCUUUUUUUUGUCCAAGGAGCACCCACCAGUCAGAGUUGUCGAGGCAGAUGGAGGGGGCACCACAACAGGGUGCUGGUUGCCCCUAUAGAUUCCCCCAAUUCAAAUAGCCUGGUUAGUUUUGGUAACAGCCCCCCCCGCCCGGUUGAAAAUGCUGCUGCUCAAUGACAAGCUGGGGAAUGGUUCAAAUGACAGCUAUCCUAGAUGCACAUGCUGACCUGGAUUUUAUUGCAGAGACCUGGCUGGAUGAAGCUGGGAGUGGGGUUAAUCUGUCUCAGCUUUGCCCCACUGGGUUUCUCUGUACAGCUAAUGUUAGAAACUCAGAUAUAUAAUGUAAUGACCAACUGGCACCUUAAACCUGUGUACAGCAGCAGGCAAGAUCUAGGGGAGGGAUCUGUCCUGACUGCAUUUCCCUGACCAGAUGUCCUCUCCAGCAGCCCACUGGGUUCAAGUGUGCAUAUCUGAAGAUAGGUGGCUGGGGCAGAAUAGGGAUUCUGCAGAUGUACCGCCCACCCUGAUGCUCAACAGUCUCCCUUCCUGAACUAGCAGGGAAGGUCUUAGGGUUGGCAUUCAUGCUGAGGCUUCGCUGUCAGGAGUGGAUCAGGAUUUCAUGUCUGCCAUGCCAAACUUGAGUCUGUCCCAAGUAACUUCUGACUCCUAUCCAUGCUGCAGGACACACUCUGGACUUGGCUUUUUGCAUUGAAUUGGAUGGUGGUAGUCUUAGGGCAUAGCAGAGUGAAUUCUGACCACUGACCCUCCAUUUGUUAACACAAACUCCUAGUGGAGAUGUACUCUUUCUGCUUAAAGACAGUGUGUUAGUAUUAAAGUAUAAGGGCUUUUUUUGGAAGAAAAAACACCCCACCCAAAGGUCAUAGAUCUCACUUUCUGUAAAGCAUCUUUGUUUCCCCCACCACUGCCAACUUAUUUAUAGAUUUACAGUACUUCUAUUAAGAUAUAAUUCCUCUUUUUGUGGCAGACCUGGCACAAUGCAAAUGCUGUUAUCUAUUUCAGUAAUAUUGGUUAGAUUAGUAAACUGUAAUAAUAAUAAAAAAAUGAAUUCAGCCUCUUGAAAUGUAUAAAAGAAAGCACUUUCGUACACUUUCAUUAGCAUCAUAGGCAUAUGGUGUAGCAUGUGUUUUUCGUUUAUGAGGUUUCUUCCAUUAGAAAUCCUUGUGGUUUAAUUGUAAUGGAUAAAUAGUAUUUACCUCUUGAAGUUUCACUGAACAAAAAGUUUCUGGAGUAUGCUUUGAAAUGGACAUCUCCCUUAUAAGGAGAGACCACUAAAAGUGUGUGUGUGUGUGUGUGUAAUUUUGUGCUAUUUGGUUUUUUUUUUUUUUGCUAUAUUUUAGUUGGCCCAAUAAAGGUAUUGCCUAAUAUGAACUUUGGAAACUGUUUACAGUGGUGCCUCGCAAGACGAAAUUAAUCCGUUCCGCGAGAGUCUUCGUCUAGCGGUUUUUUCGUCUUGCGAAGCAACCCUAUUAGCGGCUUAACGGAUUAGUGCUAUUAGCGGUUUAGCGGCUAUUAAAGGCUUAAAGGCUUAGCGGAUUAGCUGCUAAAAGGCUAUUAAAGGCUAUUAAAGGCUUAGCAGAUUAGAUAAAGGGGGGGGAAGCGAAAAAAAAAUCUCUAGACUCGCAAGACAUUUUCGUCUUGCAAAGCAAGCCCAUAGGGAAAUUCGUCCUGCGAAGCAACUCAAAAACGGAAAACCCUUUCGUCUAGCGGGUUUUCCGUCUUGCGAGGCAUUCGUCUUGCGGGGCACCACUGUACUUAGAAACAUACAUGGUGAGCUUGGGGAUCAGCCAAACGCCCAGUCACCCAAUGGUCUUGAGGUUUUCGUCUUCCUUGCUAGCUAGCUACAGAAACUCUUCACUAUUUUGUCUUUAACUGUGUUACAACCUAUCAAACUGCUUCCUUGACCCCCUUCCCAAACAAAUAGUAGAUGUCUAGGAGCUAGUUGUCCCUGCAAAAUCCUGAACUAGAAGUUCUUUUACAUGUUCAAAGAGACUGCUAACAGGCCUAUUAAGCUCAUUAUAAUAAGCCAUGUUAAUUUCUUCUCUUUCAGUUGGUUCAUUUUUUGCAAGCAUAAUUAAAUUAAAGUGUUUACUAAGUGUAAUCAUUAUCAGAAGCGAUAUUAGACGAGGUUAAUGGAAGGGGGGAAACUUAACAGUUGGAAAACCAGUUAGUUAAGUAUUUCUAUUGUUUUACUUGAUGGGGGGGCAGCUGCCUCCCCUGACCCUCUUGGCUACGCCUAUGUAUCCAUGCAAACUAAUUGUUAUUCUAUGCUGUCGUUUCUCAGUACAUGAUCCUUUUGUAUUGGUAGUGUGUUUGAUAUCUUUAUACAAUAUAUUUAAGUGCAAAAGAAUAGUUCAUACUCUAUCUUUGCUAGAGUAUUAUUUUAUUUAUUUAUUUGCCCCUCAUGUAUUAUACCUAUUCCCUCUAUUAUUGUGGGAUUCAUGCAUACAUUGCACAGUUAAGUUGCACGAUCUGAUGCAGAGAGUUGACUUUCAUGCUGUACUAGUGCAGUACAAGCAGUACUAGACUGCUAUGUUGCUUUCUAAGUUCAGACAUUGGUUGAUAGUGGUUUGUGGGAAAGACCUAAUGUACUGUACAUAACACUGAAGUAAAAAAAAAAAGCCUUUAGUGUACUUCAAUGAGGUGCAUGCUUGUUUUCAAAAGUUUUAAGAACACUCUUUAAAUUGAGAGUAACACCCAAAAGUAAUAUACAUAUAUAGCUGAUCCAUUAAUUUGCAAGUCUCGCUGACUUCCAUAAGGCUUCCUUCCAGAUAAAUUGGUGUAGCUUCAGAUUUUCUGGAAAGUUACAUGUGUAUCUAUUUAAUUUAGAAACAAACUUUGAUUAGGUUUAACUGUGGCAGUUUCAAGAUGUGUGGUUUGUUGCACUAAUAAAUCAUUGCUACUGGUGGAAUUGCUGUUGAUGUUCUACCCUAUCUGGACUUUUUUCUGGAUGCGCAUUCCUCUCUGUUUCAUCUACACCAGUGGGCAUAACAUAGAAAGUCCAAUGAGUGUCAAGUUGGAAAACUGAAACCAAACAAUCCUUUUAAAAAAAAUACAUAAAAAUCAAUUAAUUACCAUGAAGCACCUAUUCAUUUAAGCACAGUUGCCCAAUGCUAGUUAUGCAAUGCAAAAAAAACCAAAAGAUUUUUUUUUUUAAGAUUGGAAGUAUUAAUUGGGGAUGAUGGCAGAUGCUAAAACAGCAGAGACCAGAAAGGAUUUUUCCUAGAUUUUAAAAUUAGUUUUAUUUUGUAAUUUCACCAUAAAAAUCUUUCAUUUCAGCACUAUUUUCUAAUAUUUUAAAAGAUAUAGCUGGAGAAGCAUUUUAGUUCUAAUUAAAAGAUCAAUUAAAAAUUAAAUGUUUAGGAAAUGGUAUCAACUGCAAAGGUUAGUAAAUGUGUGUGAUGUAUUCAGCUCUGAUAUGUCACUGCCAAAACCAUGACUCUUAAAUGUACAGAAGUGUAAUGCUACACCUGUGGAGAUUAUUACAUUCCACACAUACCCCACACUUUAUCUUCGCCAAAAAGCCAAGAAGCAAUAUACUUUUCCAGCUAUCUCAAAAAAGUCAGACUUUCUGUGUAUGAAAAAUGGAGAAUUGUAAAAAAACCACACCAUAUAAGUGGAUGACAAUAUGUGGACCUCUUCACUUUCCUCCCAGUAAAAUGUGAAUGAACAAGAGGGUGAUUCCGCACUAAAUUCCUAGUAUAGAAGCAACCCAGAGAUACCACGAAGUGGAGAAUGAAAAUGGCAUGUAUGAGGAAAGAAGAUGCAUAUGCUUGCAGCAUGUUCCUAGUUUCUAGCCCACGGAGAUGAGCUGUAAUGUCUGAAUUGAGCCCUUGGUAUAAGAUCCUAAAUUCUGGCCCCCAAACUAUUGAUGAGAUGCAAGUGCAAACUGCUCUUGCGGUUAUUGGAAAAAAUUACAAACUGUGAAGUGAAUUCAAUAGCUAAUAAUUUUCUAUUUUAAAUGUGACUUAUUCCCAUAUAUUCAGUUGACUUCAUGUUGUUUCAUAUUUUUCAAGUUUGAAAUACAUAUCCAUUGCAAUAGCAAACUGGCAAGUGGAAUUAAAAAAAUGGCAGUCUUAAUGACCUGGUGCAAUUCUUUUAUGAAAGGUUCUCAUUAGCUUUAAAGGGUUUCCUUACUGUAACCACAUCUUUUUUGUAAUUUAUUCAUGAAGCCUGUGCUGUUACUAGAAGCACUGUUUAUGAACACUCAGUUGUACUGUAUUUUCCUUCAUGUUAUUCAUUGUAUACUUGUUGGAGAUAUGAAGCAUUCAGUAUGGAACUGAGACGCUUGAGGCACCAGAAUGAAACAUGGUUGUCAAAACACUUUAUAUUAUCCUUAUACUUCUUUUGUGUGAACUUUGAUACCUAAUAAUUUUCCUGUGUGUGUGUUUUGUUGUUGUUGUUGUUGUUCAUAUUAAUGACAUAAUUUUAAAUGCCUUCUCAUUUACUUAGUAACUGUUAGCUUCCAUUAAGAAAUGGCUAAUAUUCAAGUAACUCUGAAAUACUAAAGCUUGAUAUAAAAGUUAGAGGACAAGGCCUUUCAAAUAACUUAGCUGUAACUUUUCCUUAUGCUGCUAUGACAACUAUUUUAGUAAGUUUUAAUGAAAGCCUCUUGCUUUCUCCUUAGUUUGAUUUUGAAGGAAUUGGAUAAGUCCCCCCCCCCCCUUCAUAUAUUUUCUACUGCCUGUAAGAAUUUUUAUUCUGGUCUAAUGGCAUUUAAUUGAAGUUUUAGAUAUUUGAUAUUUUACUGUGCUUGAUGCUUUAAUUUGUUGGAAGCUGCCCAGAGUGGCUGGGACAACUCAGUCAGAUGGGCAGCAUAUAAAUUAGUAGUAGUAGUGGUAGUCAUCAAAAUUGGAAUGAACUGGUUAGUCCAGAAUUUCUGAGAAGAAGAAAAGAAGAGUUUGGAUUUGAUAUCCUGCUUUAUCACUACCCGAAGGAUUCUCAAAGCGGGUAACAUUCUCCUUUCCCUUCCUCCCCCACAACAAACACUCUGUGAAGUGAGUGGGGCUGAGAGACUUCAGAGAAGUGUGACUAGCCCAAGGUCACCCAGCAGCUGCAUGUGGAGGAGCGGAGAUGCGAACCCGGUUCACCAGAUUAGGAGUCUAUCGCUCUUAACCACUACACCACACUGGCUCUCAAAGAAGCUGAGUAGCUUGACAGUUGUUGUUUUUUAAUACAGGGGAAUUUUUGACAGACUUAAUUUUUAUAAUCCUUAAUUAUUUGACAUAUUAAGGUGGCUAGCAAAUUUCUGAAUGACAUACAGUAAGAUGAACACUUUUCUAUCUUAACUGAAUCAAUGAAACAUUUUUAUGAUAAACUAAUUGUUGUAAAGUUAAAAGUAGCCAUUUUUAUAGAUCCACAGGAUGAAAAUUGUGUUAUACACUCUUCUGCUGCAUCAAACCAUAUGCAACUGAAAUAGUAUAGGACAAGGGAAAGAUUAAUGCUAUUAAGGUGUGAAACAUAAUCCUAUCAGUGCUCAGAAAUCUUUUUAGUAGGCUAAAUAGGCUUAACCAAAAGGAAGCAUACUGUAUACAUUUUUUCUAUUUAUUUUACAAGUUGCCCUUUUCUUUGCAAAUACUUGUUCCAGUUUGAUGUCAGCCUUCUGAAUGUCAGUAACCAAAACUUAAACCAGUGUGUACAAUUAGACAUGAAAAUGCAAAUAUAAAGGUUAAAGUAUAAAUAUUAGAAUGACUAUUCUAUUGGAAUACUAAAGGAAUCAUGUCCUGUACUGUUCAUCAUCAAAUGUGGAGUAAAAUCAAGAAAGAAAUUGGAAUCCAUCAAAUUAAAUGCUCUUAAAGUCUUGUCUUUAAUUUGAUAGCAUUGAGUCUGUCUGUGAGGCAGUUUUGGAAGACAGAAGGUUUUCAUUUGAAAAAUGAGAGAAUCUGAAGGGAGCAGGAGCACAACCUUUACAUAGGGGGAAAUAGCUUUUAUAUUUAUAAAUAAUGUACCUUUCUAGAAUCCCUGUCUUGUACUCAUUCAAGAUGCAAUUUAUGAGUAAUUGGCUAGAUGAUAAGCAGGCCAAGAUGAUUAUGAGCCAAGGGACUAUGACUAAGACAUUUAAAUUCAGUAGCUUGGCAAGUCUUUGCAAAGGAUUCUAUAUAAUAUUGAUGUGCAUUAUUUCUUUUAAGCAGUAGCUUCCUAAAAGCCUUUUAAAAUCCAUCACCUGAUUGUCGGUUCCUCCUAUCAUACAGUAACAGAAGAAAUUGCAGAGUCUUAGUGAGUUGCUGCUGGCUGCUUCUGAUGAUGCUAGGAAAAUGCGCCUGUGUGAGAGCACAGGUGCAGUUUUUCUGACCGAUGCUCCUCAUUUUCUGCUCCAGUAAUCCUGGAGAGGCAAGUAGAAAGAAAUGAGGAGGUGGAGGAAAUUCUCUCAGAUGCACUGCAAGUGUAUUUGAGAAAGAGGUGGAAUCAUAUUUUCCAGGAGACAAGGAAUGCACUGCCUGUAAGUCUUUUAUUCCUCUAAUCACUGCACCUCGGAAUAAACUUGGCUGACUUUUGUUUUAGGCAUUAGUAGAGUUUGCACUUUAGUAGUUGAAAGGGAUAAAAUUUGAGAGAGAAAGACGUUCCAAGAUGUUGUUGGGAGUGUCAUCUGUUGUUUAUAUUCUGGUUCAUUAUAUACUAGAUUUGCUGUGGUUUAAAGCAAGAAUAUUAUUGUCUACUAAUCUAAAGGAGGUUUUUAAGUUUCACUGUUAAUGUGGUUAAGAGUUAAUAAAAGGUUAGAUCCAGAGGAGAUAUCAUAGGGUGGGAGAGGGAGGAAACCUGAGAGAUACUAAUGGAGAAAGUCUUAGUCAUUUCCUUUAUAAUGCAUCAGCAGAAAUUACAGAGGUGUGGCUUUGAUUUUAGAAAUACUGUAAUGAAUUGGAUGAUUAUUCAAAUUUGUGUCGUAGUUUCAAUUUCACUCAUUAAAACAGGUAAACAAUGGUAGCUAUGCAUAGUAUGACAAGGGAAUUGAUGAAAUAUAAGUUAAAUCUUUCUAAAUUUUGGUGUUUCUUUCAGAAACUUCUCUGCUAAUUGUUGUCUUGAAUUUUUUUAAAUCUUUGUGGUAUCUAGUUCAGUUCAGUAAAAAUACAUUAGAUCUUUUCAGUAAAAUUAGACAAGUAGUUGCUAAGGGUCUGGGACAUGCAUUAUUAUUAAUUAGAUUCUUUACAGCAUUCACCCUGAUACACUGUGUUUAUUAAUACUUCACUUACCACUACACUAUCCAUGUACAGGCAGGUUCAGUGGAAAGAUAGGGGCUAGUUUCAGGGUUCUUUAUACAUAUAUGCUAGGUAUGUACCUGAAAGCUGUAGAGAUAAAAGCUUCAAGUUGCACUUCAUAUUGAGCAGUUGGCGCUUUCUGAGGGAAACCCCCCUCCUUCCAAUCAGGACACAGCCUUGAAAGGAGAAGUCUAUUUCAUUUUGAGGAGACUGUAGUAGUGCUUCAUGUUACCAGAUUGACAUUGCUUGAGUUCAAAAGCACUUAGCAUCACUGGGUGUGUGGAGGAACUGUGGCUGAGAAGAAACUUCUUAGCCUAGAAGUGGGGAACGUAUGUUCCUCCAGAUGAUGUUGACUCCAGCUCCCUUCAGCCUGAAUCAGCACAGCCAAUGGAAGUGAUAAUGGGCUUGUAGAUCAACCACAUUUAAGGCCGCCAGUUUCCCACUGCUGUAUAUGACUUUUUCCAUUCUUGUAGGGUAUGGCUAGAAGAGUUGACCUUUCAGCUGUUGGAGCUUUGAACUAUAGCUUCAGCAGGGAGGAGACUGGGUUCAGUUGAUUCCUCCUAGCUGUGUCUCCUACUGUUGUACUUAUAUGUAAAGGAGUCGGGCUCUUUGUUGUUCCCUUAGGCUUAGGAGCUUAAGCUACCUGCUUACUACAGUAACCAAUAGCAAAGUGAAAGCUUACUAAUACUAAGCAGCAUUUGUCUGAUUCAUUUUGGUAGUUGGAAACACAACUAUUUGAUAGUAAUAGAAACAUUGUUUUAAUUUCUAACUAGAACAUUGUAGCCAAAUAAUUGGCUAUUUAGUUCAAAUUCUUAUGUUAAAUGCAGCUCUCGUCUUGUUCUCUAAACCUAACAAUCCUUUGUCUCCUAGAUCUGAUUACCAGUGGUGCUCACAUCUCCUUUGCUUAUCUGUUUCUUACUUCACAUAACCUAUGAAAUCUUCUGUCCUGAAGCCAUAUGUGUAGUUUUGCUCCCUCCCAUUCCUGUUCCCCUAAGUUGCCUCCUAAAGCGCUCUAUGCCUUCACUACCUACUGUAUUUUUCCCUUGGGUUUUUCAGCCUAUUGUUUGCUCUCACUUCCUUCACCUCUCAUGAUUCUUGGCUAGGUUCCCAGCCUGCUCAUCUCUCCUGUUUCUUCUUCCUGCCUAAAAAGCAUCCAGCCACUUUAAAGUUUUAAUGCUCUAUCUUAUCGUCUUGUAUUUUCCUUGGGCAUCUGUUUUUACCAGCUACUGUUGCUAAAGUUUCUGUCCCUCAGGUUAUUUCCCCCUUUUUUUCAACAACCUCCUUCUCUGGUGUCAGACUUACCUGAUUCUGAGCUGUCCAGUUUUCCAGGAUUUCUUCCUAUUCGCCUUUUUUGUUAUGAGACUGCCUCCCAUAACUCCUCUUUAGUAGCCCUUGUGUGACACUUUUCUCUUUCCUUGCAGAAACCCGACUACCAGUAUUCUGUUGACAACUUCAUUCCUUGAGUAGUUUAAACAUUUGUGAACAUUCCAUGAUACCACAUUUGUUCAGCUAGAAGCUUAGCAGUAAAUCCCCUAACACACUAUAAUGUAGAACAGACUGUUUAUAAUUGGUCCAGAACAGGUUAAUUAAGUUUUUUCAUGUUAUGAGGAAGUUUGGUUGGACUUUGGCUGGAGGAAAACAAGAAUACUAAAGUGGGAGCAACUGGGCAAAAGUUCAUACCCUUUCAAACAUCUUUGGGACAUCUUUGUUAAUUUUGUUAUUGAUUAGUUUUGUGGUUUUAUUGUCUUAUUUCAGUAUAAUUUGUAGUUACCUUGAUUGUUUAAAUUGUGGUAUUUUUAACAUCUGCCCUGAGACUAUUCAGUGAAGGGUGGGCUAUAAUUAAAAAUAAUGAAUGCAUGUUGAACUCAGAAUACUUCAGAUAAACAAAUCAAUUAAUUAUACCUUUAAUUUUUUAUUUUAGAAUUCGCCACUUUAUCAGUACUUACAGGACGUAGGACAUACUGAUUUUGAAGUAUGCUCACCAUUGGUACAAAAGCCGGAAGAAUGUACAUUCGAAGAGGGGCAAAAAGACAUGGAUACAGUUGCAAUUCAGAACGUAAGUACUCAAUUUGGUAAUUCAACUGCUACAUAAUCUAUCAAAUGAAAAUCCCAGCCUCUAUUUAAAAAUGACUCCCUUCAUAAUGUGUAUCCUUUGUCUGCAUUUCAGUGGUAUUGAAUACCGUGCAUUAUUGUGCACUGUUUAUUAUUAACAGUUUAUUAUUGUGCAGAGGUAGUCCUGCCUUUGCAUCCCUUGUGCAAGUUGUCCAGAUGUUGUUUUUAAGAGGCAGCUGGAGUCAGGUGAUGGUCAGGGUUUUCUCCCCACCACCCCUUACAUACAUCAGUAAGAUCCUACACUCGCUCUCCCCACUUUGUAGUUAUGGUAUCACUUUAUUUUAGUCCUAAUUACUGUACUUAUUUAAUGUUGUCAUACAAAUAGUUUGAGUUCCCUAAAAGCAGUCCAGAUUCAUCCACUGUGUUCUUUGUCAGCCCCCCCCCCAACCCACUGCUCUUUUUCAUCAUGCAGCCUAGAGGAGAGGGGGAUGAUAUGGAUUAUAGUUAAUAGCUUAAUGUCUGUUGCAUAUUGAAGAUUUAAAAAAAGCAAGAUGAACUUACUUUAACCCAGCAUGGUAAAUCAUUAUUUUAACCUUUUCCUUUAGUUUGCAUUAGAUUUCAUGUAAUAAGUGUACCACUCAAAUUUCACAGGUUUUUAACUGAAUAAAUCUCCUAAAUACCGUUGAAUUUGUUCAGUAUUACUUUCCCCCUCCAGAAACAUGUCUCAUUCUGAUCUGGCUCAGAAUCCAGUUAUAGUAAUGAAAGCUGAACACUGACCAGUUUCACUAUAGCAGAGGAAGAAGCAUCUUUUUUCCUGAUUAACUGGGGGAUUAAGGAACAUGCUAGGACUCAUUUGCCAGUGAUCAGUCACUUGUACAGUAGUAUGUAGAGUAUGCAUAUGGUCAUGCAUGCUUUUGUUUAGAAGAAAACACAGCAAUCUUAACAUGGUAUAUCAAAGCCUGGAAUCCACCCUAGACUGCUCAGAAGUGAGUGUUUUAAUGAAGAUUGAGUGUCUAAAAAAAAAAAAAAUAGGUUUCAGAGAAUCUCAAGUUUCCUGACUCCCAUACAAGGCAACCCUAUGUAUAUCUGCUCAGAAGUAAGUUUGAGUCCAAUGGGACUUAAUUCUAAGUAUGUGUGUGUGGAAUUGCACCCUUAGUUAAGAAUGCUAAAGUUAAAUAAAAUAUCGGCAGAACUUCUAAAACUAGUAAUCUGUAGCUUGCGUGACAUUGUAAGGAAAAGGAAAACUGUGUGGGUGGUGGUGGUGGGGGAAUCAAUGGAAAAUGGAACCUGAAGUUCAGGUCCUUUUCCCAUGUCAGCUGGGGCCUCAUUUGUAGGGGCUUGGGGUGCAGGAAGAGAGGAACUGCACUUUGCAGUUCAUCCAUAUCAUCUGCUGAGCUCUCACUGUGUCUCAUUGCCCCUCCAUAUUGACACAUUGGACAAAGAUGGAGCUAGCAGCUGCUGCCCCAUCCAGAGCAUUCAGGUACCUUCUUAGUGCAAGGUUCUUCCUGUGCAAUCUGUGUUCAUUUUUCAGGCAGUUUAUCCUGUACUUUUGACAAUAAACCCCGCUAGGGAAAAGAACACCUGCAUGCUGCUGCUCAUUUUGUUUCAAAAAUGCAGUGUAAUGAAUUGUUUGCUAGCAAUGUAUGCUAAGCACUAUGAACUUGUAUAAGGAUAGCACUGGUCACAUGCUGGAAACUCAUCCAUUUUUAUGUCAUCUCUUCAUCUUUAGCACCUAGCUGGAACAUGCUUGGCCCAGUUAUUUCUGCCUGUCUCUGUUCUUCAUAAUGGCGAGUUCUUUCAAUGGCCAUUAUCCAUCUAUAUGCUAAAUGAAAUCAUGGAGGAGUGGACUUUUCUGCAGACUUCCUUGGCUAUGACUCUGCAGGCCAGAGGCCUUUCUACUGUCCCAAAGGGGAAGGAAAUGAAAAACCAGUUGGCAAAAUUUGAUGAUCAUAUUCUGAAAAACAUGGUGUUUUUACUCAGCUAUGGUCAUGGCAUGAUGUAAUGGAAUUGUUAAUAGCCAGUGGCCUCGUUCACAUCACAGUAAACCAUAAUUAAAAUUGUUUAAAAUAGUUCAAUGGGAUUGAGCAGCAUGAAAUUGCAGGUGCUUUGCUCCUCCCAUGCUGCUGCCAUGCUAUAUAGGAAACAAGCCAUAGUUUGCCUUGCCAUUAUGUCCAAAGCCAGGCUGGUGGUUUGUUUCCCCCAAACAGUAAAUCAUAGCAAACCUCCUAGGUGUAGCUGCAGCAGGACUAAGGGUGAAGCACUUGCAUUUUCAACAGCAUGCAUCGACAUGCAGCUCAUUCACACUAAGCCAGGGAUAGGGAACCUGUGGCCCUCCAGGUGUUGCUGGACUCCCAUCAGCCCCAGCCAGCAAACUUAGUGGUCAGAGAUGGUGGAAGUGGUCCAGCAAGAUCUGGAGGGCUGCAUUAAUCCAUCAUUUAUUUAAAACUAUGGUUUAACAUGUCUUGCAAACCAGGUCAAUGAGUCCAACAUAAUGAGUCCACAAUGAGACCAAAAAUAAAAGUUCUUAGUGUCUAUUUUAGUUCUUUUACUUCUGCUUCUGAGAUUUUUCUACCACUCUGCAGUAAAUCUGCUGAAGAACACUGAUUCAUUGUCAGCAUUGUACUAACGGCAGAACUAUACAUUAUGUUCCCUAUCCCAUGUUUCCUACAGUAUGCUAAUGCAGAAGUCCUUGGUGGGCUGUUCAACUCUUCAUCCAGAUCUAAUUUUACCCUACAAAUGCAUAAUGUCCAGUUUUUCAACUGUUUCCCCACCCCUCCCCAGCUGGGCUCAGAGACUAGAAGUCUUGUUUGUCUCUGCGAAGGUGAGGCGGAGAUGACCUGGGGGAGGCAUGUGGAGGGAGAAUUGGCAGUCAGAAGGUUGUAUACUGUUUCUUCUGUCCUCACCUGCAGAUGCCUGAACCUUGCAGGCAUGUAUUUCAGAAACUUGUGUCUUGCUUAUAUAAAAACCUAGUGCUUGCAUAAAGAGAACACCUUUGUAAUUGGGGACCUCUGCUGGAAUUGAGGAACUUGGAUUCUUUAUUUUCUGCCCUCAUUUGCAUUGGAUUGUGGAAAAUGGCUUGGUUUAAACUUUACUGUUCAAUAUAACCACUUCUAUUAUUAUUAUUAUUAUUGUUAUUAUUACCCUUCAUAUGUAGAUCUCAGGGCAAUUCACAGCAUAAAAAUUCAAGAUAAAAACACAAAAUACAUAAUAAAAACAAGGGGGAAAACCCAUCACACCCACCCACAAUUAUCUUCAGAUGAUAAUUGCAGUUCUGGCACCAUUUUUUGGCAGAAUUGUAGCUUGUGGUUUUAAAUCCGAGAGAAACCUUUCAAAUAGAGGAGGGCAACCAAGAUGACCAAGGGUCUGGAAACUAAGCCUUACAAAGAGCGCUUGAAGGAGCUGAGUAUGUUUAGCCUGAGAGGAGAUAUGAUAGCCAUAGUCAAAUAUCUUAAGGGCUGUCACAUGGAAGAGGGAGCAUGCUUGUUUUCUCCUGCUCUGGAGGGUAGGACUUGAGGCAAUGGGUUCAAGUUACAAGAAAGGAGAGUCCAACUAAACAUUUGGAAAAACUUUCUGACAGUAAGAGCUGUUUGGCAGUGGAACAAACUCCCACAAGAGGUAGUGGACUCUCCUUCCUUGGAGGUUUUUAAGUAGAGGUUGGAUGACUACUCUGUCAUGGAUGCUUUAGCUGAGAUUCCUGCAUUGCAGGGGUUGGACUAGAUGACCCCUGGGUCCCUUCCAACUCUUAAGAUUCUAUGAUUCUAUAUUUCCUACAUUUUUGCAAUUCAGAAUCAUCAUUUUAGGCCUUCCUUUUGUAAUGGGGUAGAAAUGAAAUAUAUAUUUAGCUGUGAAUUAGAAGCCUAGAAACACUAAAAUUAGAAGUGAACAGUAGUUCCUAUAUUUACCAGGAAACUCAGCAGGCUACUUCCUUUUCAUCCUCUAGUAUUGCUGAUGACUACUCUACAUAUACUAAAAAUAGCUUAUUACAAAAAAAUCAUAUUUUGUAAUAAUCAUUUUCAUCUCAAGUGUUGCUGAUUAAAAUGCUUCCAUGUUGAGUAAUGAACAGUGUGAUAAUGAAAGCAAAAAUCCUCUUUAAUGAAAAUACACUUGGCCAAAAAACAAAGUGAAUAUUCCAAUUUUUUCUUCCCAAAGUAACUAACCAUACAUACAAAUACUUAUAUAAUAGAACCUUAAUAGGCCAUUUCAUUAGGCAACUGUUGAAAACUUUUGUAUCAAAUCAAAUCAAGCUUUGUAUGAAAACUUUUGUAUCAAAUUUUUUGUUUUUUGUUGAAAUGAAUUGUAUAGGAUUUUUGUUGUAAUGAAUAUUGUGAUGAUGUUUGCAGGAAAGCUGGAGAUUCUCAAUACGCAUCUAACAAAGCAUGCAUUUAUAGCUUGCCUCUUGCUAAGGAGCAAUUGUGUUCAAAUAAUUUAUGCAUUUUUUCUUUUAAAAAAAGUUCUUGCUGCCCUCAGUACAUUUGUGUACACAGUUAUUUCAACAUGAAACAGUUCCCCAUCAUAUUCUCUAUUCCUUGUCCUUUUUCGGUGCCUAAAGUGUCCUUUGCACUCUUAAUUGUGAUUUUGGUCAGAACAUUAUAAACAUUGGUGUGCUGGUAUAUUUGACUCUUGGUACAAUGACCUGUGUUAUUUGUAGGCUUAAGCUACUUAACAGACAUCAUCUUCACAUAUGACUAGACCAGUGGAAUAAAUGAAGGCAGUUUUUAUGAUAAUUAUUAUAUUUAUUACUACUGUAUUGAUUUUUUUUUUAAUAGAAAGACGUCCUAUCAAACUUAGCUGAGAAAUUUAAAAGCUGGCUUUCUUUUUUACCAUAUAAGAAAAAAGAUGAACUACUUCACCAGUUGGUAAGCUGCAACUCUGCAAUUUCCCCUCAACAAGCCUUAUUUAAUUCCCAUAUAAAUAAAUAAAUAAAUUUCUUCUACCUUUUUUUUUUCUAGCUAAGCCAGUAGGUCACAGCUUGUUCUCUACAUGACAUAGCCAAGUAUGGCAAAGUGUUUAAUGUUCAAAUCUGCUUAAAAGAGGAGGGGACCAAAGCUCAAGCUUUGCAUAUGUUCUGAUGUUUUAUGAAUUAUUGCUUAAUCAUUUCUUUAGCCUGGUAGAAGCACACACCUCUUUCUUCCAAAACCUGGUUAAAAUUACCUACUCCGUCAAUAUCUUGUUUUGUGAUUUUGUUCACAAACUUUGUAAUUUAAAAAUGCUGUUUUCAGCCUUAGAGUGCUUUAACCAAGAGUUCUAGAUCUCCUUUAAUUUGAGAAUUGCUUUUGAAAGGUUCUGUCUCUGUUAGUGGCAUCUGACUUGUAUUGUUGUUCACCUGCAUGGCCAAGUUUAAUUUACAAAUCCAUCUAACUUCAGGGCUUAUUGUUGACUGAAGUUAUGUAUAUUGUUACUAUGUGCUUUGUAUUUUACAGCAUCUCAAUUAAUGGUUGUGUGUGUUCAUUUCAGCAAACUAUUCAUAUAGCAGAAGUGAUCUUAGCAGUAAUAAGCAGUCACAUGACCAUUAUUGAGACUUUCCAUAGAACUAAGAAGUCUUUGGCAUGCUCCUCCUAGUUCCCAUACCCUAAUGGGCAGGGUACAAAUGCUGUUGUUGUUGAUCUGACACAACCUGAAACUAAGCCAAAGCAUGUGCAACUGAAACAACCAUAUAUUGCUUUCCCAUUAGCCUUGCCUCCACUUCUCUCUUCUGUCGUUUUCCAUGUUGAAUGUUAAGAUCUUUGCGGCAUCUGUCUUCUGUUCAGUAAAGAACCAUGCAGACUUAUGGUGCUAUAUUAGCAAUAACAACAGCAACCACAGAAUGCUUUACAUCAGCGCUGGUGGCCCCCUUUUUGUUUUAGGGCCACAUUCCUCUUGGCACAUCUUCCAGGGGCUGCCAGCCAGUGAUGGAUAUGGCCAUCUCAUAGACACGUUCUAUCACAGGCGCAAAUUUCCUUCACCUCAAUGGAUGCAUGCACAUAAGCUGAGGAGGGAAAGUUAUCAUCCUGUCCAACCAAAUGAUCAAUUGGAUGACUGCAGAGGGGUAGCUUGCUUCCUUAUCGGGCACUGGGCUCUACCCACCUCAGCUCUGUGUCUAGUUGAAUCCUGUCCCCUGCCUGCCUUUUGCCUCACUCUGCAACCAAAAUCAGUGGGGUCUUAGGGGAGGCAUUUGCCGGGUGGUGGUGGUUCAGACUCCUAAAGUAGGAAUUGGCCAUCCUUGUUUUAUAUAUUGCAUAGUGAUAGGGGGAAAAAUAUUUUAUUUGACAAAUGCUUGUGUAUGUGAAAGUGCUGUUUUUUCUCAAAUUAAGGAUGUUGGUUUUCGCUCGGAGGCUCUCUGCACCAUCCUGCAACAGGAAGUUCUGCUGCAGGAGGAUGUUGAACUGAUUGAGCUACUUGACCCCAGUAUCCUGUCUGCAGGGCAGCCCAAGCAACAGGAACAUGGACAUCUUCCAACGCUACGCUCCCUAGCAACUCCUAAUAUUUGGUAUUGCCUUGGGCUAUCUGCAUAGAUUACAAGCUCUGUUGGAGGAAGUAUCUUGCUCUUCACAUAUAUAACCUCUUAGAGAACAGGAAUUGUUUUUCUUUCUUUCUUUCUUUCUUUCUGGUUCUUAUUAUUCAAGCUUCUAUCCCAUGGAUUUAGAAUUGACUUCACCUUUGUGUAUUCUUUGCUUUUCAUUAAUUUGUGCAGUGUACAGCAGGAGCAUAUUUUCUUAGGUUUGAAAUUUUAAAGAUGGUUAGCCACAAGUGUGCAUGUGAUAUUCCCCUCUUAACAGUUUAUUACCCUAUCUCUUGCAUUGAUUUUUACUGCUCUGGCAAUUGAUAAGCCCAUUUUUCUUAGUGAGCUUUCUAUUUUGUGGGCCUGUGUUCUGGGCUACUUUAACAUACUCUCCCCCACCCACCUCCCCGAUAUGUUUAUUUGAGGCUAAUGGAAAGAAUGUGCUGUUUCCACACAAAUUCAGGUUCUUUGGAUUUUGCAUCAUUUUAUUAAAAUCUUUUUUUCUCGUCUUGGGAGAUGCUCACUAUACAAGCCUGGAUGUAGAAUAUAUACUGCAUAAAUAUUAUGUCUCUGGUUCAUUUUAGGCAAUUCUGUUGGUUCUUCUGGAUUACAUGGGUUCCGUUCUUUAGAUUACAUGGGUUGCACACAUAAUAAUGUUAUAAUGACCAAUGUUUCAAGAAGUAGCAUUUGAUAAGAGAAUGCAAAUUUGUCACAGUUUAUAACAUGCAAGAAGGGAACUAGACUUAUUCAUGGUGAAUGUUUUAGUGUCCCUGCAGAGACUUGUAUUUUGCAACAAUUCUGCAAAUGUGACAAAAACAAGUGAGAGAAGCUUUGCUGUUGAGCAUACAUGGUUUUAAGAAAAAUAAUGACCAAGCCAUUUGAAAUGAUGCCACAAAAAGGUCUUCCAUAUUCUGCUUUAAAGGAAACCAAGCGUGCACUUUUGGACUGUAAUGGUCAGAUUAAAUGAAUCAGAAACUUGAAAAACAAAACUGUCAAUAGAUCAGCAUUUGGUUCCCUGAAGAAAUAUGUCCCCCUUCUGCUGUCCUACUAUAUUGGUAUUAGCAGGGUAAUUUUUGAAAAAAGAAAUUUAAAAUAAAUCAAGGACAUACAUUUCACACAAAAUAAUACCUAAAUUAGAAAUAGCAUGAAUUCCUGUUUUUACUGCUACCAUUUGUUUUUAAGGCAGAGAAAGCUAUACUAAGAUACUGGGUUUCUUGAUUAACUUAUAUUGACAGCUUUUACUUAUGUUUCAGGGGAGCAAAAAUACUUUCUUAAAGACACUUUAAAACAUAAAGAUCCAUCUCCAGAAAAUUGAGUUAGGACUCUGUAUAGUUCCAUACCUAUUGAUAUUAUGGUUUCCUUCAUAUGACAAUCAUACUUUUCAUUGCUGUUCUUUGUUUUUAAUGAAAGCUGGGCAACACCUGGCAUGCCCAGAAUCUGGGCAAGCUGCAAAAAAGCAAGAUGUGGCUUAUACUGGCUAUUUUGUUUUGCAGGGAUAUCUCAUUACUAUUUGCCUUCAUCAGCACGCUGAUUAUUCUUCCUUCUUCAUGGAAUGGAUCUCUCGGAUUGGUGGGGGGAGUAGGCUUGUUGGUUUACAUGUGCAUACGAGGUUUGGACACACUGAACACAGCCAAGCUGCAAAUAUCUCUAAGAAAAUGCCAACUCCAGCUAGAAGAUAUGGUGACUAAUUGUCGAGCCUUCACUAACCUUGUGAGAAAAUCUCUACGGCUCAUUCAAGAAACUGAAGUCAUUUCCAGAGGAUUUACUCUGUGAGUCUGAUUUUUAGGCUAUUUUAUUAUUUGGUUCAGUCAUCCCUGUUUAACCAGGAGUGAAUAAACUUUUCCUUUAAAAUGUCUAAAUCUAAGAUGUUUCACUUAUUCACAUAACAUAUUUGUCAUGAAGCUCGAGUCGCUGGUACCCAAAUCAAGCUGAUUCAUGGAAAAGAGAUAACAAGGUUAUGCAUGGGAAUGAAGUGGGUUUUGAUAUGUUUGGCACAAUUUUUCAGCAACCUCCGCGUUAAGCGUUUCAGUAAAAAGUACCUGCAAAAGACACACACAUUGAAGAGCUUCACAGCUGGUUGGUUGUGUUCUUCCUGUACUCUGAUAAGAAGAAAAAGGUCAAUUAACUCAUAAGAAACAACUUUUUGUACUUGGGAGCUGAAGGAAGCCAAAUCUACAUGCAAAACAAACAUUAGAUGUGUGUCUUGCCUAAAAAAACCCCCAAUCCUGAUGAAGCAGCUUUUAACUUUUUCCAAGUGCCUGCUACAAACUUUCCUCAAGAGAUUCAUUCCUAAAUUUUCAUAUGCUUUGGUUGCAAAUAUACCAAAUUCAAAAAGUGCACACUUCUUUUUGGGACCAAUUUUCACUUCACAAAUAUUAAAAUGUUUAACAUUUAAGAUUCAUUUGUAUUAAGAUUUCAUUUGGAUUUUGCAUUAUUCAAAAGCAUAUUUUGUUACAAUUUAUUUUUUUCCUGAAUGACAUGUAAUUUGCUUAAGAAUAGUUUUAGAGAGAUGUUUUAAACAUGUUGAACAUUAUACAGGUUAUGGAAAGCCCUCUUCCACCCCCCAUGACACUUCGGAACCUUUAAAUGCAACAUAAUUUAAUAUCAUGUGUUUAGGGGAUUAUUUGUUUCCAAUUCUGCUUUUAGAUGAAUGGCUACACUGAGUUAUAAGAGUCAAAAUUCUUCUAGAUGUAUAUUGGCUUCAAAGAUUACUUCUAACAUACUUCAUAAAGAACAAGAAACAGCAAUACUAUCCAGAGUUUGUUGCUUAAACAUUCUCAUGUAUACAUAAUAUUUUAAUCUCUAUUUACAGAGCAUAUGCUUCUAAUACUAGAUCUGCUGUGUAGUUUGCAAAUGCAAGCAGCUACAUGUAAAACUAAAAGUGUAGCCAUCUUACAGUAAGCGAAGUUCCCAAACGCAGAGAAUUAGUCUGAAUUGAGCUUUACUGACAAAAAAAAGAGAUUGUCUUGUGGAACGUUUAGGCAUGUGGUAAGACAAUCCAAGCUGAUUCUUGGCAAGGUAGCAUACAAUUAAGAAUAGUUAAUAUUAUAGUUAAAACGGUACUUCAAAAGAGCUAAGUGUUAGCUGCAGUCUGAUCAAACCCUGGGGCAAAAUACUUAUAUUUUAUUUUUGCAAAUGGACUGUGUGAAGAAAAUAGUCUAGUUCUCCAGCUUCAAAAAAUUAAAAAGUUAGUGGCUAGGAUCCAGCUCAGAGAGAGCAUUAGCAAAAGGCACUUCCAUUUCUGAAUCUCUCAUUUCAUCAAUUGCCUCAUGAUCUGCAGGAGCAGUUUUUCAGGGUAUGGAGCAAGGAAGCCUCUUAAUGAAGCAGCUGCAAUGGGUAGCUGCCACAUGCUCACUAUUAAGGAUUUGGAAGACCACAUAAACCUGUGGCUCAUGCCAUUUGUCACUUAGCUUCUUCAGUCUGAAAGCCUGGCAGAAGUAUAUUUCCUUAUAAAAACAUGAAAUUGGUGCCUGCAGAUCAUAUAGGAUUCUGAAGACUGGGAAAGACAGAUAGGAAUUUUUGCAUAUAAAGACAGAAGCGAUCCUAAAGGUCAUGAUAUUUGUCUAUGUAAAUGUGCUGUCUUUCUCUUCACUUUUAAAGCGGGAUUAAAGUUUGAAUGACUUUAUACAUCGCUACUAGCUACGUGUGGGCUUCUUUAAUUUGUAUAAUAAUGAAAUAAUCGUUCAAUUUCUUGAUAUGCAUGAAGGUAUAUUACAUAAAAUGAAAACAUGUAAGAUGAUAAUACUGAUUUAUUUUGUAUUUUUAUCAUUACUUAGGACACCUGUACAGUUGUAUCACAUUUUACUUUUCAAGUUUGCUUGACAGGGUCAGUGCUGCUUGCCCAUAUAAUAAAGCCGGACAGCAUCCUUGUCAGCAUCUCAUUGGUCUUCGGAAAGCAGUUUAUCGGUCAGUACGAGCCAACUUCAGAGCGUCAAGGCUUGCUACCUUGUAUAUGCUGAAACAAUAUCCUUUUUUUGAAAUAGGACAUAGUGGAAAGGGCUAAAUAGAUGUAAUGCAGAAUUAAUGAUUGCUAGACCUCUUUUUAUGUUUAUGUUCAUUUUGUCUCAAGAACUUAACACAACUUUGUGUUUCUUGUCCAUGGCCUUAAUAUCCUCCAUAUUCACUAACUCCAUUGUUUGGUUUUCUUCAUAACAAUUUUUUCAACCUACCAUGCAGCACACACAUCACUUUAUGCUUGCAAGAACCCUGGCUAAGUUAAGGACUGACCCACUUCAUGGCUGAGUGGAGAUUUGAAUCUGGUUUCCUUGGUGUCAGUCCAGCACUCUAACCCUAGGAUGGGGACCCUCAGGCCCAGCAGCCAAAGGCAAUCUUCCAGGACUCUCUGCCUGGCUUUCAUGACUUUCACCAGGCCACAUUCCUCACUUGUGCUACUUUGCACUCUCCUUGAAUAUUUUUGCCUGGCUUGAACAUUCUGAUAAUGCUUCUUCCUUUCCUGGAUAAAGAAUAGAGAGGAGUGUGUGUGUGUGUGUGUGUGUGUGUGUCAACUAGCCUACUGUACAGAGAUAAAAUUGUAUGUACAUGGCUCAACUGCAAUUCCUCCUCCUGUCUUUGGAGUAGAGGUCAUAGAAUUGCAGCGUUGGAAGGGACCACAAGGAUAAUCUAGUCCAGCCCCCGUAAUGCAGGAAUCUUUUGCCCAACAUGGCGUGCAAACCCACAGCCCUGGGAUUAAGAGUCUCAUGCUCCACCGACUGCACUGUUUAGCCAUAUGUUGAAGUGUGGGGCAAUGGAUUGCCCCUCUUUGAAUAUUGUAUGUGGUAUUGAUUAGUGUUCUUUUUAAUGUAGAUAAAUUUUGGCAUUCAAUAAAGAUGGAUUAACACUUGAGAUGAAUCCUGUCAGUUUCAAUUUUGUUAACAGUUUUUUGUUCAUGAUUUGUUGCUAAAUAGGAAAAAAACCCCAAUCAAAUCACUUGUGGUUUUUUUGUGAACGAACAUGUCUUUCUUCUGAAGCCUGUUAGAACUGGAGAAAUAGCUGUUUCUUAUUUAUACAUAAGAGCACUUUAUAGAAUCUUUAACUUGUUUGAAAAGCUUGUGGUCUCUUUUUUACCUGAUGUUUGCCCAAGUUGCAUGUCAUACAAAAGCUUCUUUAACUGCCUUAACACUAACUAAACUUACCCAUUGAAUUCUGAGAGCGACAAUGUGACAAACUACAUCUGUGUGGUGCCUUUCAAAGAACUGGGCCUUGGACUCAGUGAAGAGCAGGUGUCUGAGGAAGAAGCACAUAAUCUCACAGAUGGCUUCAGCCUGCCAGCACUAAAGGUAAUCCAGCCUUCAGGUUUAACAUUGGCCUAUUUUGUAACUACUUUCCACUUGUAGCAAUUAAGCAAGAAAACCUGACUGAGCCUGUUAACUAACUUUAAAAAACCCACCCAGGCCAAGGCUCAAGUCAGCUGCCUGGAAUAUAUUAAGUUAACUUACAUCUUUGGGCUGGACUCGUUUGUUACCUUUCGUAAGCUUUAGUUGUGGACUCUUGAAAGGAUAUUUAAUUAUCAGAAUAAAUUGCUAUAGCAUAGAAAAUUGGGAAAUUUACAUAUUUUUUAUACUUUUUAAUAUAAUUGUUUAAAAAGAGGGCACUGGAUGAGUUCCAGCAGUUAUAGGCCAUUGAGGUGGAUCAAAAGAGUCAGACAACCCAUCUCUCUCUGUCUCUGUCUCUCUGUUAGAGGUUUUAAUAGAAAUACAGUAGUUUUUUGGAAGUCAAACGGAAUCCGUUCCGGAACGUUCGAAACCCAAAUUGCAGCUUUUGAUUGGCUGUAGGAAGCUUCUACAGCCAAUCAGAAGCCGCAGAAACACAUUGGAUGUUUGAGUUCCAAAGAACACUUCCGGGUUUGCUGUGUUCGGAAGCCAAAACAUCCAAGUUCCAGGGUGUUCGGGAUCCAAGGUACGACUGUAGCUCUUACAUAACUGAAUAAGUCAUUCAUUUAAAACAUUUCUGCUCUGCCUGACUACACCCCAAGGUGGUCUCUGUGGCAGCACUCGCUUUGUGCAGUGUCCUCCCCUUACAGGUGCCAACUUGGUCUUUUAGCAAAUUAGUUAAAGCCUACUUGUUGGCUAAAGGUUUUAAGUGACUUAUUGUGUGUCCUAUCCAGUUGAUUUUAGCUACCUUAAAUUCUAUUUGUAGUCUUUUUUAUAUUGUUUUAGUUUUGUUGUUGUUGUUUAUCUGCAAAGUAUAUUUUCUUGUACCCUGCCCCGAUAUUAAUAUUCAUGUAUGGUGCAUUGUAAAUCUUAAAAAAAAAGUUUUAGUGGUUUGGUAAUCAUAUUAUUGUUGAAUUGCUUAAAAUGUAUGAAAAAGCAGGAAAAACAAAAUGUUAUUGUUUUCUGUAACAAUUUGGGUUAUAGUAACUUUUCUGUAUUUGUAGGUUUUAUUUCAACUUUGGGUUGGACAAAGUUCUGAAUUCUUCAGGCGGCUAAUUCUUCUGCUGUCCCCCUCCAAUGCAUCUAUCAAGACUCUGAUCAGGCCAGAACAUUUGCCACUUUCGACCUUUACUGAUGUGACUCAGGGUCUUCAUCAUGCACAUGCUGCCUGUUUAGAAGAGCUUAAACGGAGCUAUGAAUUUUAUCGGUACUUUGAAACACACCAUCAAUCUGGUUUGGAACGUUCAGUCAAAAACGAACAAAAGUCAAGAGAACUAAAUCGUCUCCACACAGCAGUACGCAGCCUACAACUCCAUCUGAAGGCCUUGCUUAAUGAGUAAGCUGUUCUCUGGGAGUGAUUUGUCACUACACACAGGUCCGCUGUCAGAAUGCUUAUUAUCUGAAAUCUCAGUUCUCUGAACACAAAGAAGUACAGUGGUACCUCGGGUUACAUACGCUUCAGGUUACAUACGCUUCGGGUUAUAGACUUCGCUAACCCAGAAAUAGUACCUCGGGUUAACAACUUUGCUUCAGGAUGAGAACAGAAAUUGUGCUUUGGCGGCGUGGCAGCAGCGGGAGGCCCCAUUAGCUAAAGUGAUGCUUCAGGUUAAGAACAGUUUCAGGUUAAGAACAGACCUCCGGAACAAAUUAAGUACUUAACCCGAGGUACCACUGUAUACCCAAACGUUGCUACACAAACGGCUGAUUUAGAUAGCGGAACAGCCAGAGUUUGCCCACUUCCUUACUUCUUUCUGUUUUGCUGAUUAGCUGCAGCCAUUUGGGGCAGAAACCAUUGAGGGAGACAGAUCAGGGAACAGAAGAGAUCAGGCAAAUCAGUUUUUCCUUUGUUUGACUUUUGCUGAUCGGCCGCAGCAGUUUUGGGCAGAAAGCAUGGAGGGAGAACCCAUGGAUUAGAAAUGUUCCCAUAGAAAAUAAUGGAAAUCAUCAGCUUGUUAUGCAGCUGCUCUCUAAUGAACGAUUGCCUGGGAAUGCAUUGUGUUCCGAUACCAGUACCUGUAGUUUAAUUCCAGUUGUAGUUCAAGUUUUUUUAGAAAAGAAAGUAAUAUGUAAUGUUGCAAUCGGAAACUACUGAUAAGAUUUAUUGAGGCAGAUAUUGCUGUAACUUCUUUGCCUUGUUAUUCUAGCUCUUAUUUAAUCAAACAAUCUAAUUUACGUUCAGUAAAGAGGUGUGUUGUACUAGCUGUACACAACUACAUGUGUAAUUAUAUACAAUACUAUUAAAACAACAUUGAGUGUUUAUUAAAAGGGCUGAUAUUUGGAACUGGCUAUAUGAGAACUGCAGAUUGUUGAAUAAUACAUACAAAAAGCAAGAGACCACAACCUAACAGAGUUUUAUGUUUGCUGAAGCCCAUCUAUUUUAAUAUGUUUUCAUGAAAAUCAGUGGGCUUAACUGUGAGCAAGUGUGCAUUAAUGACUUAUUUGUUUUACUGAGAUUACCACUAAAGGAAAUGAUUGUACUGUACUGAUAAUUUUUUAAUGAGAGGGAACAGAAAACUGAUUCCAUUUUGGUACUAUGUCUACUUGUUAUUUAGGCUAGGGUUAAACUAAAAAAGAAAACAUGGAUGUGUGUUCUUAAACAAUACCACCUUUGCUGAUAUGUGUCCGUCUAUUCAUAUUAAUCCUUCAGAUGUGCUGUUUGAAGCAGAAACGUUUACUAGUUCCCUAAUAAUCUCUUCAUUCACUUGCCAAAGGUUUACAAUGUAAACUUAUGCAUAGGUAAAGGUAAAGGGACCCUGACCAUUAGGUCCAGUCGUGGCCGACUCUGGGGUUGCGGCGUUCAUCUCGUUUUAUUGGCCGAGGGAACCGGCGUACAGCUUCCGGGUCAUGUGGCCAGCAUGACUAAGCCGCUUCUGGCAAACCAGAGCAGUGCACGGAAACGCCGUUUACUUCCCGCUGGAGCGGUACCUAUUUAUCUACUUGCACUUUGACGUGCUUUCAAACUGGUAGGUUGGCAGGAGCAGGGACCGAGCAACGGGAGCUCACCCCGUCGGAUUCGAACCGCCGACCUUCUGAUCGACAAGUCCUAGGCUCUGUGGUUUAACCCACAGCGCCACCUACGUCCCUAUGCAUGUCUACAUAGAACUAAUUCUCACUGAGUUUAGUGGCACUUACUCCAGGAUUCAGGAUCCAGGAUCUUUCUGAAUGUCUUUUUAGAUGGAGAUGCAGGGAAUUGAACGCAGGACCUUCUACAUGAAAAGUGUAUGUUUUAUAACAUCUCUCCACAAGUGAAGUUGUUCUUAUGAAUUUAUGGAUUUCUCUCUAGCCUUCAUUAGAACAUAGCUGCUAGACACUGUGCAAUGGUUGUGGUCUUUUACUGCUGUUUCAAAGGCUUGGAUUACUUGUCUAAAACUAAGUUCACCCUUUAAGCCCUGACCAGUUGCUUCUGGCACCUUGAUAUCAUACAUAUGGGCUCUGCCUACAUAGGUAGAACUGAUAGACUGUAAGAAUAAAAAAGGAGCAUAUAAAAUCUGGAGACUUAUAACUGCAGUCACAUCAACUCACUGCCCACAGCAGGUCCAUAAAAUAUUUGAUUUGUGUACUAAUUAAAUGGUUUGUUGUUGUUUUUUGUCCAGAGUAAUAAUUCUUGAGGAUGAACUUGAGAAGUUUAUUAGUUCCAAGGAAAGCCAAGAACUAACUCUGGAGGCCUACCAAGUUGUAGAAACAAAACUAAAACUUGUUCAACCUCACAUGCAAGCAAGCAACAGCUGCUGGGAAGAGGCCAUUUCUCAGGUGGAAAAAAUGGUUCGAAGAAAUCCAGAGAAAAAAGGUAAAUUGUAUUCGCAAAAGCAUUGAGAAAUUCCAGUCACAGUAAAAUAUAAUCUUCAGUAGGCAGGCAGUCAUAUAUGCGGUUAAAUAGUAAUUCCAGUAUUGCAAUAGCAAAAUACCUGGGUUUGUAAGUAGGUUUUUAAAAUGCAUCAAAAAGGUAAUAUGGAUUGCACAUCCCUUUCUGAUUUACAUAGGCGAAGGGCUACAUGAACUCAGACUUUGGGCGUAAAUCUGAAAGGAGAUACUAUCUUGAUUGUUCAUAGCAGUAGAUCUGAGCUUGCCAUAAAUUCAUGGGAUCCACUGUGUACUUUCAGCUGUGAUUCAUGACUCCUAAAAAUAUCAACUGAUGUCCUUAAGUUGUUGUUUAUUUUUAAAAUAAAAAGUAAUUAAAACUUAGGACAGUGUCUACCUGCUAAUGGAUUCUUCUAGCCCUUUGGGGCAGAUUUAGGUAGGGAAGGGGAAAUUGGCUGACAAGAGUCCAAUGGGUUGACAUUCAAAAAAACAAAAACCCAAUUCUGCUGACUCCUUUCUCUGCUGCUUCUCUACUAACUCCAGGCAAUCCUGAACCAUCAUGUGAGAACAAACAUUGCACCAUGGUACCUUUGCUGCAACCAUCUGUGCAUAUAGAGGAUAAAGACCCAAUCCCUGAAGAACAGGUACAAAUAUUAUAGUCUGAAAAAUUCACAAAAUGUGUCAAUAUGUGUAUGUUUAUUUGAUGAUUGAGGGAAGUAUAAUAGUGUUCUGCAGUUGUAUCAGCAUACUUUAUUCAACAGAUAAAGUCCUCUGCUUAUGUAUUUACUUAUUCUGGAAAAACCUAAUAAAAAUAUACAUUUAAAAUGUACCAAAAAUUCGCUUCUCAUAGAGUGGAAGCUUGAACAUGAUGAAAAUGGUUGUCAGUUGCAUCUUGUCACUUGCUAUCUUUAUUUGCUGCAAUAUUUGUGUUGGCAAAGAAAAUUUCUGCUGCUGUUAUAUAGGGUAAGAGUCUAGUGUUAGGUAUAUAGCAGGAAUGAAAAACCUAUAGCUUCGCAUCAACCUGUAUCAGCAUGACCAGUGAACAGGAAUGAUGGGAGCUGUAGUCCAAUAAUUAAUGGCAGGCCACUGAUGUCUCCAUCCUUGGCAUUUUCUUAACAUGUGACACUUGGAUGUAAGGCUAUGAUACUAGUGGUGAAGCAUCGUUUUAAAUAUACAAAGUGUUUAAGAAAGUGGGUUACUAUUGUCAACUAAACAUUUCAGCCACCCUAGAGAAUCUGUUGACAGCCUUUGUGUGUCUGAACUAUAUAAACCUGAAAUACCAUAACUGACCUUAAUUAACAUUCUUUUAAAUAUUGGUAGAGUUAUUUCAGAAUUCCCUUUGGUCUAUAAACCAUACUUGGGAUCCAAAUCUUGUAGUUUAAAUAAAUGGUUAGGAACCAUCACUGUCUUGCAGUAUUUGAGUAAUUUUUAGAUGCAACAAGAUGUUUGUUAACUUUUUCCUCAGGAACUUGAAGCAUAUGUUGAUGAUGCAGAUAUAGACAGCGAGUAUAAAAGAGAUGACUUUUAUUACUUUUCCCUGGAAGACAGAGAGAGGCAAAAACGUGAAAGAGAGGAAUCCAAGAGAGUGCUGCAGGAAUUAAAAUCUGUGCUGGGAUUUAAAGCUUCAGAGGCAGAAAGACAAAAGUGGAAGCAACUCCUGUUUAGUGAUCAUGGUAAGUGUUACUUUUGUCGUUAAUUUAAGGAAAUCUGUAUGCAACUCUCUUUUCUGAAUUGGUUUAGCUUUUGAUGAUCAGGAGUACAGUGGACGCUCGGGUUGCAAACGUGAUCCGUACAGGAUGCAUGUUCGCAACCUGCGUCUGCGCACGCGCGGGUUGCGAUUUGGCGCUUCUGUGCAUGCGCGACUGCCGAAACCCGGAAGUAACCCAUUCCGGUACUUCCGGGUUUUGGCAGUCUGCAGCCCAAAAAAACACAACCUGAAGCGGCUGUAACCCGAGGUAUGACUAUAAUACCUAACAGCUCCCAAGGUCCUAAAGUACUAUACAUUACAAUCACAACUUAUACAUAUUUAACUUGAGCUAUUUCAACCUUGUGCAGUUGAAGGCUGCUCACUGAAAUUGUACAAAUGCAAGGCCCAUUCAGUGUGUGGGCUCUGGGAUGCUGUUUCUCAAGAUCUUGUGGGGCCAUCCAAGGAUAGGCUUGAUGCAUUAGGUGAGAGUUUCUCUAGACUCACAGAAUUGUCAAGAGUUGUCAUAAUUGGUUCUCUUGAAGGAUCCUUACAGAUCUUCCUUCUAGAUCAGAGGUGGGGAAUUUAUCAGUGUGAGGGCCACAUUCCCUUCUGAAGGCAUCCAGAAGCAAACACAGGCAGAGCAUGUUUUGCAUUUAUUCAGUAGCAACCAGUGGGAAUUUUCCAUUUUGUUUUAUAGUUAUUCUAUCCCUCUUAAUGUUUGAGAGGGCAUAUAUACCUGUUACCUUAUGUGUUCAGCAUCCUCUGUAGUAAAUGAAAUUCAUAUUUUUUCACUGAGAGCAGUACAUCCUUUAAAACUUACAGUGAAGUUAUUUUGAAUACUCAUUCCAUAUUUCCCCCUCUUUCAAGCUGCGAUGAAACCCUUGCCUGGUACAGAGCAAGAGGAACCCAUUAAUGUUUUGGGAUUGCCGAACAAUUCAGAAUCAGGCAAGCAGGUGUGCAGCAGAGAUGACAGCUUGGAAGAAGCAGUCUCUGACUUCAAAACACAAGCUACUGAUGGUGAGAAAGAUAGGAUGGAGUACCUCUCUGAUGAAUCUGGUAAGAACAAAAACGACAUUGCUGCAAAUGGUGACUCACCAGAAGUUGAAAAAAGAACAUGUUACCAAUGCAAUGGAGAAGGUGAAGAAUCUGAGUCAGCUGGUGUGGACAGAGUUGAUGUGUCGCAGCCACCUGAGAGAGAUGUGUUGCAGUCCUCCAUCAAACAAAGACUGGCUGAGCUUCAUAUAUCAGCAGAUUUGAAUUUCACAUCAGGACUCGCAGCACAGGUUGCUGCCAGAUCACUGACAUUUACAACCAUGCAAGAGCAAACAUUUGGCGAUGAGGAGGAGGAGGAGGAGGAGGAGGAGAAGGAGGAGGAGGAGAUACAUGAAAAGGAAGACUUUUUUGAAAAACACAAAGGUGAAGUAAAUGACUGCAAAAAUGAAGAAUCAUAGAGCCCACAUAAAAUUUGCCUUGCCUAUUUGGAGACAAUGGAAGGCUAGUGGGAUUAACAGCAGCAGCACAUGCAAAGAUUCAGCAUUGAUAAUAUUGGAUGUUGAAGAGAAGAUAACCAUUAAAAAUCAUGACUUCAAUUGGACUUUACUAGUCUUUUGAAAUAUAUCCAUGUGCAAAUAUCAACUAGACUCCAAGUGUAUAGUAUGGUUCUUACAGGUACCACAAAUGACUGGCAUUUCUUUUAAUAUUUUAUCUUUAUUUAUUUAUAUUAUUAGGCUUUUUUUCCAAAAAUGAAAAAGCAAAUGGUCUAAUUGUCAUUUCCUUAUUGCUUAUUAUAAUGUUGACAUUAAUUAUGCAACUACUUGAAAUGGUUCUUUAACAAGAACCUAACACCAUGUGGGUUUUUCUGCCCACUUUGCGUCCUCUCCUUUCUGCAUUAGAUCACUUAAUGACCUGCAUAUUUGUUGAGCUGUUGGUUCAUCAGGGCCACAGCCUAAGAUGUGGACUGUUUUGUUUAAUGAAAGCCAUAGCUUGUGUAUCCUGGGAUGCUAACCUAAAAUAAUAAUAAGUUAUUAGCAAAGGGUUACAAAGCAAAACAAAAACCCAGCACAAUCUUCUGUAUUUUAACUUCUGGACUAUGGAGAAUAAUUUGACUGAUUCUUGUUUUUGCAGUGAUUUUUCCGUAUUGCAAACACUCCCAAGUUGUCACAUGUGACACACACACCCUUUUGCAGAUAAGGGAAAUUAAACAGAUUCUGAUCAGGUCUUCUCCCCUGUUUCUUUCCAUCUGUUACCUUGUGUAGAUAAAAACAACUUUACUUCUGCAGCAGAGACUGAGACUUGGUGUCCUUUGAUUUUAGUUUCUACUUUGUUUUCCAUUGGGUUAUAUUCUCUGAAAAUGCUCCAUCCAAAGGUAACUCAAAUUCUUGUUCUAUUGGUUUCAUGUUCAGUCUGAUCUACAAGUGUUUUCAUGUAUUUCACUUCAGCACUUCCACCACCAUUAGAGUAACUGCUUCAGCUGAUUUUCCCUACUGUGGAAGGUGGUGGCGGAAGUUGUUGACUUCCACACAAGGAAUAAAGCCGCAAUAACUGUAUUAUUAUUAUUUAUUGAAUUUAUAUAGUGCCCUAUACCCUGGAGGUCUCGGGUCGGUUCACAGAACAAUGUGAAAUGAUGGAGGGUAUGCAUUGCUAUUAUGUUGUAGCAGCAAUAUGGUUGGCAGAUUCCCAGAUUGGAUCAAAACCCUAAGAAUGCUCUAUGUUCUGCAAGUUUUACAAGUAUGUUUGCAACAUCAAAUAUAAAGCAAGGAAUUCAACAUCACGGUAUUACGGUCACUUUGUUAGCACAAGGAGUUCUGCUUGCCUCAUGGAACAAUCUACCCUCUCCUCCCCCUAAUGCGCUGUUCCAGAGGGAGGCUCCUGAUAGCCCAGAACUAUUGGGGGACACAGGAUGAGAGUGGAGGAAGCCGUAUUGUGCUAGCGUGACUUCUGCUGGCUUCCACCAGCGCAACGCUUUAGUGGAAUCCGGGCCAAAGUGCAUUGCUUUGUUCAGUAGUGGAGUCAAAUAAAUGUAACAAUUCUGUUAUCACCAAUAUGAUUUCUUUUUAGUCUGGGGACUAGAAAAGUUACAGCAGCCUGAAUUUACUAUUAACAUUUUAAUGUAAUUAUUUUUUAAAAAAAAUAUUUCACUCAUCACCCCAAAAGACAGGAAUAUAUUCAGUUUCCUCCCAAAAGUCCCAUUUUUCAUUUCAGACUUUUAGAAAAAAGCAAAAAACAACAUCCGUCUCACAUAUCUUUUUCCAAGGUUCUUCUUCUCCUACUUCAUGUCCAUACUUGGGCUUUUUCUUCUUCUCCUGUACAAUGAUCCUCUGCAGCUCAUGGUGAGUUUGCAGGGGAAAAUAAUAAUUUGAGUUUGGAUCUGGCUUCAUUUGUUGAGUUGUUCCUGAGUGCUGGUGGCUCCUUUGUAUAAGCUGAAUAGCACAAAAUCAUGUAUACUUGCUCUCCUGGAAUAUUUCAAAAUAAAGUACCAAGCAACAUGUGUAAAUACUCAACAACAAUCUAUUUAAGAGUUCAAACACUGUCUGUGACCCAGAUGGGCAUGUGUAUGCACACUGGAAUUAAAGAAAUGGCCCUGAAGGCCCCAAAUGCUAUGAACUCUAUCCUUGGCUUAAGAUUUUCUUUCUAGUGGGGGCAAAGCAACAGCCUUAAAAAAAGAUAUUGGCCAUUAUUUAAGAUUCUCAUGUAAGACAUUCCUUUGCAAAUCAUUAGCUUGAACUCUUCCAUAAUUCCUGUGAUUUGUGUUACCUCAAAAAGACAAAACAUCCAAACCCCAAGGUACUCAUGGUGGACAUGAACUGAAACCGAUAAUUUUCUGAUCAGAGCAUGUGAGGUUUAAGACAAAAUAAUUAUUUUUCCAUACCUGUCAGUGGCAUAGCAAAUACAACUAGAAAUAUUGUGUGAACUCCUUGCUUGAGUAUGUUCAGGGUAACUCUGCAGGCUGUUUUCAAGAGAACUGGAAUACAAAAAGCAAAUUAAAGUACUGCAGUUAUAAGAGAAAUCAGGUACACAUCAGUAUACUUUGAUUACUAUGUAUUUUAUAAUUUUAGGUUAUCAGAACACAGUGGACUUUACUUUUUCCCCCUAGACUUAAUCACAAGCUUAGUCCAAAGUUUCCAUUGCUUACUCAUUUUUCACUUAAAACCUAGUCAUAUAAUAAAAAAACCUAGUUGUAUAAGUUAAACCCAUAGGUGAGUACAUCAGAUCACCUAUUUUUUAAUUUGGAUUCCUAACAGGUAACAUGUCUCCCUCUCUAUUCUCAUUAAGGACUCUCACAAUUCUUUCAAGGUUUUUUAAGCAUACAUUUUAGAUCCUUCACACUGAAAUCUUACACGCUCUUACCUAGGUGUCACCCCCAGAGUGUAGGACUUAUUUCUGAGUUAACAGUGCAAUCCCGUAUGUGCAUGUUGCUCAGUUCACUAAGGUCUUCCUAGUACUUUCUGGUUUCCCUUUUAACAGCAGUCCUGAAUUCGAUGACUGUGUGUGUGUGUGUGUGUGUGUGUGUGUAGGUUUGCUUUUGGGCCCUGGGCAUUAAUUUAUUUUGCUGACCAUUUUAGCUUCUCUCAUAUUUUAGUCUUGUCUGCCGACAGACAUACUUUGAAUUAAUGGAAAUAAAAAAGGUGUUCGAAAUACUUAAUGUAAGUGAAGUGCUCUGAGCACUUAGUUAUUUCAGAAAUCUUUACAACAGCACUGAAGAGAAGGCUUGUGUGAUGUCACGGUCUGGCUGGAUGCAGAGGAGUGGUGGGAGGUACCAGCUAGGUAAUUCCCAAGGGAACCCCCAGGGGAAGAAGUAUCAGAGCCAGGGGACUGGUGGUGGGAUGACAAGGAGUGGUAAGAGGGAGAAGAGGGAGCAGACUGGGAGGAGGAGGUGUCAGAAGCAGAAGAGGUAACAACAGGGUGAGCAGGAAGAGGCUUUGGCAGAGAACAGUUCAGACUCUGAGGCUGGAGAGGAGGUUGGCCAAGAGGCAGAGUUGAGACAGGCUGCUGAAGAACCUAGGGGGUCUCCCCAUCCUGCUGUGACCAGCUCCUCCCCCCUCCCCCUGGAAAACUCAGAGAAAUGAAAAGAGCAGAGCAGAGAUUGGUUGUAUGCAGACGCAGUUUGUAACUGUUUGGGAAAGAUCCUGGAGAGGAGGAGCUUUAGAGAGCGGUGGGAAGGCAGGGACCUUCAGUCCUUGCAGCUGCCUCAAUGGGGGCAAGACCUACUGGGAAGAGGUGCUGUUUUGGUUUCUUUGAAUAAAGAGUUAACUUCACUAACAUUGUUGUUUUUAUUGCCUGGCUCUGGCUCCUGACAUGUGAUUAUACUUGAAUUAUAGAUUGGGGCUGGGAUGGGGGGCUAAGCACAUGUGGAGCUGACAUUUUGUUUUACUUUUAAACUAGUGCAAACCACUUUAUAAGUGCUUACAUUUUGCUUUAAAGUUUAUUAUAACCAAAAUAAGUAUUAGAACAUUGAGUGAAAUUAAGCAUCCUAUUACAAAUAUUCCAUCUGUGCAAGCGCUGCAGUUUUCCAGAUGGAACAAUAGCUCCUCCCCUCCCCAUGUGCUAUUUUGAGGGUACUCCCACCUCACCACAGAGCCAGUUAUGGGGGGGGUGCAGGGGGAGAGGAUGUAGUAGGUGAAUCUCGCCCUUUGUUUCUGAUACCAAAUUAGUUGAAUUAUAUUCACACUUUCACUGAAUCAUUUGCAAUAUUCAGUGUGGCUGUGAAGCCCAGAAAGGGUAUUUUAAGAUAAGCAGUCCAAAGGCUUUCACUUUCUCUUGAAUGUUGUUCCGUAUCUUUGGUGUCUUUUACUCCUCUUAAACAACCAUUACUUGACAUAUCAUGGUUCAUACUUAGAUUUGUUCCUUCUCUAGAAUUCAAAACUCAUUGUGUUUUAAAAAAACCCUACUCUUCAUCGUGCAAAUACAUAGUUCUUCCGUUUGCAGUAAAAUAGAAGGUGAGAGGGGCAAAUAUCUGCUUCAUCAGCACUGCAGUUUUUGUCUAUUUAUAUAAAUGGUUGUUUAUAACUUGACUUUCUACUGAAGAUGAAUUUCUUGCUAAAUGAUAUUGGCAACAGCUAGUUAUGCAAUGCACAGUGCUGGCUCACUGUUCAGGCACUUCACUAAUGAAUGUGGGUCGGUCCUGUCUUUAUACCUGCUGACUGAAGUAAGGCACACUAUGUAUUAUUUUUCCUCAUGCAGUAGCUCUGUGGGAAACUCUUAAUGAUUCAGAUAAGAUCUUAAUGACUCUGCAGCAGUCCAACACAACCUCUGCAGAGAGAGCUUCUUGUCACACCAAAUGAAAAAGUUGCUAGCCAGAGACCAUAUGAGAUUAAUCAGUAGAGGGAAGCAGGAAGCACUUGAGGAGGCUGAAAGAGAAUACUGGACACAAAAAGGCCUAUAAAGGAAGGCUUCAUUCUGGAUAAAUCCCAGUCACCCUUUGCAUGCCUUUAAAACAGGGAUAGUUGAAGUGUGGCCCCAGAUAUUGCUGACCACUGGCGAUAAUGGGAGUUGUAGUCCAACAACAUUUGGAGGGCCACAGGUUAGUGUGGCGGAGAGGCCAAGUUGGUAGCUUUUCUCCUAAGCUCUGUAUUGCAGGCUAUGUACACUUCUGCAGAUUAAUGGCGGCUUUAAAAUGCCAUCAAGUUUCUGAAAAGUUGUCUGUACAUAGUCUCAGACUCUGUUCUUGCCACUGUGGCAGCCUGUGAUCACAAUGGGAAAGUCAAUUCCCUCUGCGACUUUACCUUAAGGUUAAGCCUGUACAUUCAGCUGAGAGAUUUCUCAUCAAUAUAUGAGAUGUCCCAUCUCUACCUCACUGCUGCUGCUGCUGCUUUGGAAUGGAAUUCAUUUAUACAGAGAGGGAACUUGGUUUUUCAGCCAGAAAGCAGAAAAGAGAUGCUGCAACUGAGGCGAACUGUUUUCAGGAAGUGAAUUUAUAUUGUGCUGAGAUUGACAGGUGCUUAAUUAUGUGAUGUAAGUUUCCUAGAACUAAAGGUCUGUUUUUUCAAGUUCUAAUCAUUUAUAUUAGCUUAAUUUGAUGCUGAUAAGCUUGUUUGCUAAAGAAGCCCUUUCCAGAUUUCUGCUGCCUUUGUUUUGAAUAUUUGUUUGAUACUCUAUCAAAGUGUAUACAGACAAAUGCAAGUAUUUCAUGAGAAAGAGCAACACUACCAGCUGGAUUGUCAUUCUUUCCUGUGUAAGGAAUCGUACCUGUUUCCUAAACUAACAAGAAUGUACAUAGGAGAUUGUAACUUUUGAAUAAGUACUUUAUGUAAUAAAACAUUAUUUCCUGUUUCUGAACUUCUCUAUUAAUUCUUCUGAUGCUUGACUUAUAUAAACUGUACUUUUAUAUAACUUUCUGAAUUUCUCCUUUCUCUCAUUAAAAGCUAUACUGCCCUCCUCAUCCACUCUCUCUGCUGUGUUGCUUUGUCACAACAAUUCUUCAAAUAAUUUGCUGGUUUAGCCCCACAGACAAGGUUAGAUGGGAACAUGGAUGGAGCUGAGCUUCGGGCAAUGGCCAUCCACACCGUGUAAGCAGGGUGCAAGGUCGUUUAAGAAAAAGUUGAAUCAAUACAGGGCUAAGAUGCAGGGCUAAGUUUUACCCAUUUGUUUGGCAAUGAUUUUGGGGGUUAGCUUGCCUGACUAGGAGCAUCUCACCUGACAGCACAUGGAAGAUCUCAAGAAUAUUACAUAGCACAUUAAAACUAAAGUAGCCUUUAAAACCUUGUGCCCUUUUAAAAUUUAAUUGGUGUGCUGUAUUUUAGCUCCACACACACACACCAAUUAAACAACUACUGUGGAUUUUUAACCUAUUAAUUAAAACUUUGAAUCCUAACAUCAGAAAGAAACCGAAACAACUUCAAACUUCCACCACUCUGUGAAAGUGUCAUAAUAUGAUCUACCAAAUUAUCUAUUAUGAUGGGAUACAACAAACCACAUUUAAAGCUAUGUAUCACAGGUAUGUCUACACAGAAUAAAAUACCUCAGUCUAUAAUCAGGGGGUAAGUAGUAGCCCCUGUUGUAAUUGUUCCUUGUCAGGGCAAUCUGCUUUUGAAGAUCUUUCACUGAUUUGCUGUAUCCAUUGAAAAUGUAGUUGGCAAAGAGCAGCUUUCCUCGAAUGUACAUCUGUCAAAAAUACAUAAAACAUCAGCCUGUGAGUAGAAUGCAAAAGCUGCCUUUGAGGAGACAUACAGGAGAAUGGGACGCGGUUUUGUCUGGAGCCACAUUACCAAUUUUAAAUUCAUUAGCAGGCCAUAUCACACCAUCAUGAGUCAUCCUGUUCACCUGCUGAACUGACUGCCCAGAACUAAGUACAAUAUCACAGCUUUCCCCAGCACUGGAGAGACCCAGCACCUUCUAAACCUUGGCUAGGGUGCCUCCACCACUGGCAUUCUUCUGUAUUGUAGUAUGAACUAAUGUUUAGUUUGUCACCAGCAAGACAUCGUUAACCUUUUUAGAUCAACUGUUUUCAGCUAGGCGUUUGCCAUCUUGCUCCUGGGGUAGUUCAUUUUGUUUAGUGGCAGGCCAGUAAUCCAGCUCAUUAAGAUUUGCUGUUUUUAGCCAAUUGUAUGUUUCAUGCUCCAGGCUAGGCAGGUUUCUCAGCCAGCUUGCAGAAAGAGACACCACCUGCUUCAGGUUUGUAACCCAUUUGUCUGAGUACAGGUGCUGGGGCUUGCUUCUGAGUAGAUAUGCACAGGAUUGUCAGUUGUGGGGCAGCCUGGGCAGAUUCAGGUCUGCAUUUAUGGAAACCCUCUCAAACAAAGGAGUCCUGAAAACUUUUGAUGUUGCCCUCUAGAGAGUGUUUUAAUCGAAAUGUAAAAGUUGAGGAAACUGAAACAGGUACCUUGAAUAAUGUUUGGGUUGAUCACUUCUAUGGGAUAGUUUCAAGGAUUUCUUUUAUCCUAAUGUAGCACAGUUUGGGGAGAAUGUUUCCUUACCUGCAUAAAAAGAGGCAGCCAAGCAUUCUAGAAGAAGGGUCAUAGCUCAAUGGGCAGAGUGCAUAUUUUGCAGGCAAAAAGCCCAAGGGCCAGUCCCUGGUAUCUUCAGUUCGGUUGGGACAGACCCCUGUCUGGAAGCCUGGAGAGCUCCUGGCAGAAUACUGAGCCUGGUGCAUCAGUGGUCUGACUCUGUAAAAGGCAGCUUCCUAUAUUCUCAACUAACACCAAGGGAAACAAUUGGCCUACUUUGACAGUUGGUUGGGAAAAAGCAAUCAAGUGCAAAAGGUCAUUCUUACAGGCCUUUCGUCAGUUAAGGUAAUUGAUUCAGGUAAGCCAAACUUGAAGAGACUGUGCACAAACCAGAAGACGGAUAACACUAUAUAUCUGCUCUUUCAUGACACAAUUUAUUCACAACCAUCAAAGAUUAUUAUAAAAUAUAACACUUGCUAACCUUGGUAUUUGUAAAGACUAAGCUAUAUUCAUUAUACACAAUUAUCUGCAUGCUUACUUGGGAACAAGCUUCAGCAGAUAGGCUAGGAUUCUAUAAAUUUAGCUUCGGCUCUGCAGCUUGUGACAAUUGUUUUCACGUAAUUUUUCUUUUUUUUAACUCGUGCUCCCCCGUUUGCACAAACAUUCAUGAUAACCCAGGGAAACCAUAUAUUUUAUGAGACCUUCCUCCUCACUGGGUUGAAACUGAGGAGGAGUCAACUGUAGUGGUUCAGAAACUGAAGUAAUUCGCAAAUAGGAAGUAGCUGCAACAGAGUAAAAUGGAAGGGAAAUCUCAUUUUAUAGAUUAAUAAAUCUAGAUGUAGGUGGACAGGGGCCCUCUGCUGGACAAACUUAGAAGUUACAGUUGCUUAGAGGUGACUACAGAGAGAGAUUUUGCUUGCUUUCUUCUUGGACAGGAAUCCAAGAUGCUAGCAUGUAAAAAUACCCUUCAGGUGAGUCCAAUGCACUCAUUUAUUUAUUUAUUUGCUUCUGGAAGAGCAGGUUUACACUACUUACUGGAUACAGGCAUACAAUGCCCAAUGGAAUAAGUGCUCAUUAGUAACCAGGGAGAGUCAUGGAGAAGAGGUCCAGUUGCCCCAGUAAGAAUAAACAUUACUCUCAGUCCUGGGAAGUAUUUGUCCUGCAUUCAUUGUAACAGACUAUUUCAAACAUCCCCCUUGCAUUGGGAAGGGAUCAUGCCAGCCAUUUCGUUCUUGCUUCUGUUAGGCUCCACAUUCAGAAAAUAAGGUGGAGGAGUCACCUUUCUAGAGUUCAUAUCAUUUGCUGAGAACAAAUUAUAGGCCGAUUCACUAUUGUGCUUCCAUCUCUCCCCCUUUACACAUCUAUCUAAAACAGUGAGAGAAUAGAGAUAUUUUCCUUAGUUCUCAGAUCAGAAACUUGAGCAGUUGUUCUUACUAGACCCCUUUGUGGGAGAAACUGGAAUUUUAUGUCUUUUUCCAGUCAGUGCCAUAUCUUUCACUAUUCUGUAGAACGAAACCAAUCAUCCUUAUGUUCCAAUUAUUGUGAUGGCACUGAUUCCAAUGGACAAGAGGAAGAUGUCAGCAUCGCCAUUUGCUAUGAAAUGGGGAAUGGGCUGUCUUGAACGAAGAACACAAGAAGUAGACUCCAGCCAUAGGAUCUGGAAGCCAUUUGCUUGGUAUGAGUUGAAAUGACCUGGAUGUGUGACAGGAAGGUUAUAACCUACCAAAAACAUGCCAGGAGCAAUAUUAUGCCUUUUCACCAGUAGUGAUCCACAGUGGCCUGUAAACUCAUCUGCAGACCCAAUAUCGUAUUUGAGCAGGCGAAAAGAGUCCAGACGACCCUACAAAAACAAAGACAGCAUCAUUAUAAGACUAGGUCAACAAUAGCAAUAAUAAAUCUUAUUCUACCAGAUGUCAGAGCACAAUGUUCCCAUUGAACAAGUCAGCAUUAAAGGAACUGAAUUAUUCAGCUAUUUACUGCUCACAGUGGCAAGUGGCCCAAGUACAUUUAACUUAGUGAUGGACAUGCCUAAUUGUCAGAAUGUCCCUCUGAUGUACUCCCACCUUACCAAAAAAAGGGGGGCACUACUGUUAAUUUAGAUCUAGUGUGUAUAGGGAAACAGCAACAGCAUUCAUGCUCAGAAAAAGCUCACCCAUCUUAGGGCUGUCAUAUUUUGAAGAGCAAAAAAAGAGGACACAUUUGCCAACUUCUACUUUUAACUAUGGAUCGCUAUAACGACUCAUUUCACAUACCCAUGAAAAAGAGGACGUGUUCUGGAAAAGAGGUCAUAUGACAACCCUAGACUUAUACCCCAAUCCACAAAUGAUAUAAAAGGAUGUUUUGUGGCAUUAAUCUCCUAUGUCAACAACCCAAUUUCUCUGUACUUGUAAGAAGUCAAAAAUAUAAAAUGAAGCAAUUUUUUCACACCAAGAUGUUAUUCAAAAUCUUCUUGCUUUUACAUCAGUCAUCAGCCCAUUUCAAAUGCAACACUAAGUUAUACCAUGGCUAAGUGUGAACAAGCAAGCAUGUGGGUACUCACAGGAAAAUAUCCCUCCCCAUUUCCUGCUAAUGCCAUGCUACCGGGAUCUAAACCAUGGUUUCACUUAGCUUUACAUCCAAACUUGGGCUCAUGGUUUGUCUGGGGAACAAACCAAGAACAAACGUUGGUUACAGCUCAUGGUUUGUUUGGAGCAAGACAAACCAUAAACCUAGGUUUGGACGUAACACUAAGCCACCCACGGUUUAGCUCUGGCUAGCAUGCCAGCAGGACAAUGAGGCACCUGCAAUUUUUGUGUGUUCAUGCUUAGCCAUAGCUUGGCUGAGUGUUAACAGGUGAACCAGGUCACUGAUGUGAUUGAGACAACACCCGAGAGCCCUACCUGUGUACAUGGCAUACUCCUGUUCUUGUUCUUUCUCUCAUAGAGCUGUUCUAGGUGCUUAUCUGUUCUGGGGUCGUAAUCUGCCGCUCUCAAUGAAGUUGUCACACAGAUCACAGUGAUCUGCUCUGAGGAAGACAUCUGGUUGUUAAUAAUGUGAUCAUAUUCCAGGUCUGUAACAUAUGGAAUCUGAUGGUUGCUGCAUCUGCAUAUCCUCACUUCAUCUCCCAGCAUCGUUCUUCGAAGGACUACAGGGCAGGCACUGUGUGAUGCAGUGCAUGCCUUUUCACUGUCAUGAGAAAGCAGUGGUAAAAGGAGCAUAAGUUGGAGUGUGAAUGAACUGAAGUAACAAAACUUUAACCAGCUUACACUUACUUGAUCUACCUAACAAAGUCUCUCUGUUUCCCAGGUAAUUCAAAAGGCUGCUGCAAAAUCAUACCUCUGUCUGAAAUUGUUUUUAUCAUCAUGAUGCUGUUUCUCUACAACUUCUUAAUGUGCCUUUUGGGAUCAGCUAUUUCCUUGAGGGCUAUCCAACAUUUUGUCACGAACUGUAGCUCCUCUGUUUAGUUAUUCAUUUAAUUAACACUGCAAAGGGGCUUACAAUAUUUUGCUCUAGAUCCCUAUAAUUUUCAGGGGUCCCUGAAAAUACUGAAUGACUCUGAAGCCAACUUAAGUAUGUGGUCUGUAUAUACAUUCUCUCUGUCUCCUUCUCAUCCUCACAUCUUUGAACACACAUACCAAUAAACAAAUUUAUUGGUAAAUUGCCUUUUUAGUAUUUUUGCUUUGUAAUGAUGUCUAUUACUAUUUUUUUAAUCCUUUAACCUUAACCUCUUUGCUAGUUAUUUAAAAAACAAAUCCUACCAUCUCCACUUAUUUUAAUACCACUUGGCACAUUAAUGUCCCUAAAUACAUGCUACACAAUGAUAAAUGAGAGCAAUGAUAAAAAAGAAUAAAUUUUGAAAUUUAAUUCUUAUUAUUGAGAUCUGACAUCAGAUGUUCUAUUGAAUAAUAGAAUGUGCAAAUUAGAAUUAGAAUAAUCUAAGUCAGAGAUAAAUAAUUUUGUCGUAACAACUGAGUGUCUAAUAGCAUAUUUUUAUUGACCCACAUAGUGCAUAAAAGAUAAUACCCUAAUUAAAAUGAUGGUUUCAAUCUGGUUCUGGUUUGAGUCAACUGAUGUUGCAGUGAAUGGGAUACAAAUAUUUCAUGGGGAAAUCGGACAUCAGCUACAUGUUUUUGAGUUUCUGGCCAUGGGACUGGAAUAAUAGGAUGGAGAGGCAGCUUUCGGCUGCCAAAUUAAAGAAAGCCUGUUCUUGUGGGGUUUUUGUUUUGUUUUUCACAGAACAAUGCAGCUAUAGUUGUACCUUUGAUCCCAAACGCCUUGCGAGUCUAACAUUUUGGCUCUCAAACACCGCAAACCCGAAAGUGAGUGUUCUGGUUUGCAAACGUUCUUUGGAACCCAAAUGUCUGAUGCGACUUCCACGGCUUUUGGUUGGCUGCAGGAGCUUCCUGCAGCCAAUGGGAAGCCGUGCCUUGGUUUCCGAACAUCUUGGAAGUUGAAUGGCCUUCCGGAAUGGAUUCCAUUCGACUUCUGAGGUACCACUGUACUCAAAAGGGAGACUCCCAAAAUUACUCCCAGGCUGCGCACCUGGUCCUUCAUUCAGGACCAGGGAUGUCAUGAUCAAUGGCAUCAAAGGCCACUGAGAAAUCCAGCAGAACUAGGAAACAGCUCUCACCUCAGUCCCUUGCCCACUGGAGAUCAUUGACCAGUGAGACCAAGGCAGUUUCAGUCCCAUGAUGAGGCCUAAAUCCCAACUAGAAGGGACCUAAAUGGUCCGCAUCCUUCAGGUAUGCCUGGAGUUGUUCAGCGACCACCUGCUCAAUCACCUUGCCCACACUUCUUUUCUCCUUGCAUUGUUGUACAAAUAAACCCGGAGUCCUGACUUUAGCUGAAAUCCAUGGUUUUCUAAAGGUAUAACUGUGUCCACAGCACUUUGAUGCUCUUUCUGAUCCUCCAGAGCAGAAGAACUAGCCAAACUAGUAUAAAGAAAACUCUAGCAGAUGCUCUUUGUGUGGAUAAACUGGCUGAACAAGUUCUGAAGACAGCUUCAAACAAAAUUCGGGCAAGACAUUGAAUAAAUAGUGGUAAGGUCCUGAAGUGUGUAAGACACAAAUGCUUAUUUCUGUGGAAAAACAAGAACAACUUGCUUCCAAGGCUACCAGAACUGAACCUAGCAUUGUUACAGUGAUAAAAUUACAAAUGUAAGGAAAUGUUGGUUGCUUGCUGCAGCGGAAAAAGACUGCUUUCUUCACAUUCCUAGUUGCAGAUUGCAACUUCAGAAAUCCAAUCCAAGUAAACGUAGUAAAAUUAAGGCCACUGGAUUGCAAGCAGCUCAAUUCUAGUCUAGUGAAUUAUUGUUGGAGGGUACAGAACCAUGUAUGCUCCCCUGAACUCCUUCGAGGAAAAGUGGAAGAUAUAAACAUAAUAAAUAGAAUAAUAAAUAUAUCAUAUACAUAAUGCAAAGCUAUUCUAAAUUGAUCUGUCAUAUUUUCCUUACUUCUCCAAAGUAAAAAUACUGUAAAAUCACCUGAAUAUGUAUUUGUUUCAUUCUUAAAACAUAUGCUCUAAAUAAUAUAAAUGGCAUUUAAAGAAUCUUAGUAAGUCUUCAAAGAACAUAGUAAAUGGUAUUUAGUUUUACUUACUUUGCUUUAUGAGAGGUUUGGAGUGUGUCAUUGUUUACAUUAAGGUGAGUCAUGGGUGGUUUAUUUGUUCUGAAAAUGCUGCUCAAUAAAUGAGGGUCUCUGCAAGAGAAAAUAAACACACUUAAGAGUUUUCCUGCAUUUCCAAGGUACCUAUGCUGAUAUUUACACUGAUAUGCAAUGCAGACCCAUUUCUAAUGGCUGUUUCAUACAAUGCAGCAUAUGUGGGGAACCUCUGGCCCUCCAGAAGUUGUUGGAUUCCAAGUCCCAUCAUCACCAGCCAACAUGGUCAAUAUUCAAAGAUGAUGGAAGCUGAAAUUCAGCGUACAGGGUGCAACCGAUUCUGCAUAUCUGCAGUAUCGUUUUAGUAGGUACAUGCUGCAUAUUCAGCACGUUAGAAUUCCUAAAGCACUUAAUCAGAGCAGUAUAAGAUCCCAGUAUAAAGGAAGCUGUUCCCACUCCUCUCUGGUGAUUUAUCAGUUGAGCUUAUGUGUGCUGUGGUUGAUUCAUGACCCAAUAUUUAGCUUGCACCUAUCUUAAUUAAGAGGAUUUGGAAACCAAACUCAUUGCUUCAAAAAAGAAUUAAUACAGUAUUGUAACAUUUUACAUCUGUCUCUUUGGAAUAUUUUCUCAAUUUAUUUUCAUUUACCCAGCACAAAGUUUAAAAAUUAACUUUAAUAAAAAGAAAGUUAAUAUUCUGAGCAAAUUGGGAAAUUUAUCCACAAUGAGGCUGUUCCUUGGUCCCUGCAUGCACCCCGCCAAAUUGGCUUGGGGUGUGUGUGUCAGGAGAACUCCCAGAACAGCUUGCAGACAGAGGAGAGGGGGGAAUUGUUCCAUCUGGCAAACUGAAAUGCUUGCACUGAAGGAAGGGUCCUCAUAGUGCUACAUCAAAUUCCUCCAUAUAUUCACAGAAUGGUGUAUUUACUCCCCAUUGCAAAGGGAGUUGGUAGGCAUUUGACUUCUUGUGCUUUUACCUGUAAAAACCAGGUGACACACCUUGAGGGGGGCCGCAAGAUAGAACAGACUGGAAAGGAGGAUGGUUGCCUGGUGUAAGGGUCUCUGUCUCCCUGUCAUUCUCUUUUCCCUGUGCUGUAUGAAAGCCAAGGAAAGCAUCCCCAUGUUGUGUUUUGCACCGUCUGCCAGCAAUCCGAGGGAAGGCUGAGGUUCUGCGUGUGUGUGGUGAGCUGAUUUCUGAAAUGCAACAAUACACCACCAAGGCAACAAACUUUAAAAAGGCCUUAAGCUCACAUAUAAGACAGCUGACUUAGAUGCAUGUGGAAUUCAGUUAACUGUGUGAGCACAACUGCACAUCACAAGAACUGAAAGUGCAAAGCAAAAUGUCCCCUUCAAGUGGAGUCCUUCCCAUUCAAUACAACUUCCAGGAAAUACUAUUUUAAGAAGUUAAGAGUAUAAAAUACCUUUUUAUACACUUAAGAAAGAAUUGCAACCAAAUGUUAAUUUAUAUUAUUUAUAACGCUAAGUAUUUCUGUACUGCGAAGAGGAAGCACUUUAAAAAUAGCUAGGAAAAUUAACACCACAUUUUCAUCAAGCAAGACGUCUGCUUCCAAUAAAACGUUGGCCAAAGGGAAGACAAUGUUCAUAGACCACAUUGCACUCUGCUUCUCUGCUUCCCCUAGGCUCAAGCUUCCACCAACGCUUCACCUUUUUGCUCUGGUGUAGAGAAAUUGUACCAGUUCUUAUCUUCUGGCCUAAUGAUGGUGAACCUUUCGCCUUCCAGGUGUUGUUUGAUCCAAUUCCCAUUAGUCCUAGGCAGCAUGACCAACGAUCAGCAUAAACCCAAGCUAAGAACACAAAGUAUCCUUCUGCUAUAUAUGGUGAGUGCCCUGGAGAUGUAGGAUCAGGAAAUAUUCCUGUUUCUCCUGUCAUACAAUAGGCUCUGGAACUAAGGGAAAUGAAAUCACACACAGAAUACUGGCUUCGUUCACACAUGUAUACAUAUAUCAUGUGGGUUUUUUUAUCAAUCACAUAUGACUUUAUGUGAUGUAUUUUCAUGUAUACAUAAAUGAAAAUAAUUAGUACCAAAAGUCCGAUCUCAAAGCAUACCCUGCAAAGAAACUAAUGAAAUGUGGAAUCAAUGGUUAUAGGCAAGUGUACCUUUCAAAUAAAAAAUGUAAAACAAGAUAAAGCAAUAUAUAAUUUCAUUAAGUGAUUUCAUACUCCCUUUUUGCAAAGCAGAUGCAGCUGUUAGGUUAAUAUCACAUGAACAGAUACAAAUGCAGAUGAACUGUAAUGUUUAGUCUAUACAUACUGAUUAUAAUUUUAAAAUAUAUUUAAAUACCUGACACCAAAAAUAUAAACCGUGUCAUUACUUAUUUCAUUCCUCUGAAUUUAGAAGUAUUAGCAUCCUCCUCCAAUACUUAGGCUACUAAAUUAAAGACUGACCUAAGGCUAUCCGGUAAUAUUCCAUCCAGUCUUCUAGGAUAUUCUUGAUCUUACAUCUCAGCACUUUUAAUUCUCUGGUAGGGUUGUAGUCUUUGACAUGGCUUAGAUCCUCUUCUGGAAUUCUAGGUAUUCUCUCCUGUGGUAAUUUUUUUUAAUCAGAAAUCAGAUCAAAUUAUGAGCAGCACAACAAAGAAAAAGCAGUAAAAGUAAUAAGGGACCAGAUAAAAAUAGAAUGGCUGGUACAAACAUUCCCAGAAGAUAAAACUAAAUAAAGGUUCCAGCAAAGCAGUCUGAACCUGGCACCUCAAACUGAACAGUGUGCCACAGUGGUUAGAGUGUCAGACCUGGGAGACCAGAGUUUCAAUCUCUACUUAGCCAUGAAGCUUGCUGUGAGUCACUGUCUCUCAUCCUAACCUACCUUACAGAGGUGUUGCAAGGAUAAUAUGGUGAGGGGCAGAAUUAUGUACACCGCCUUUAUCUCCAUGGAGGAAAGGCAGGGUAUAAAUAUGAUGUCACAUAAAUAAUACAUAAUGAAAAGGCAACAUGUGAUCCUUUCUGUGGCAGGUAUUCUCUUCCUUAUUCUCAGCUGCCUUGUUCCACUUCUCUUGGCCUAUAUUUUUGUUCUAUUCUAUUGCCUCCACUUGAUCCCACCUCAGCUUCUGCUUUUCCCACACGUUAUCUCCUAAUCUGCCUGCUUCAUCCUUCCCUUUGUCCCUUCACCACAAACCCCUGCCUCCUUCCCUUCUCCUUUCACUUCAUCAAAGUACAACCCAUCAAAUGGGAGGAAUAUGUACAAAGCCAUAGACAUGACCGGUAGACCAGUAGGCAACAAUGUUGGCCAGCUUCAACUCUUAUUUCCUUUGCCUUGGCCCCUGCUUCUUCUGUCUUGUCUGUCUUUUCCCCUUCGGUUAUCUCCCCGCCCUCUUAUUUAUAUUUAUUCAGUCUUCCUUUCUGCGUUUGCAGAUAUGUGGAAUCUUUUUGUGGCACCCAAGCUUCCAGUAAACAGCUGCAAAUAUUGUACAUCUGCCUUUCAUUUCUAUUGGGUUUGUCAAGACAUGUUCCUACGUUAUUGUGAAAUAAGGAAUCAAAGUUGCAUUAGCUGAAGGGGCGUUUUGCACACAAGUUUUAUGGUGUUAAAUCAGCAUAACGAAAAUAAAUUGUAGCAAAAUAUGCUGGUGUUAAAUCAGCAUAACGAAAAUAAAUUGUAGCAAAAUACGCUGCUGUUACAGUAUCCUAGUGAUGGGCAAAGGCAGAGGAAAUGUUAGAAAAAAGCUAUAACAGUGUGAAAAUAAAAUUACAUUUACUUAUUUUAAUAUUGAGUUUCUGACAGCUGCUUACUUCCUUUUUAAGAGAUUUUUUUGCGUCUUCUGUUUUGCCAUGUGUUUUAGAAAAUCCUUUUACUGAUGUAGGUGGUAGAUUAACUUUGGUGAAUAUCUUGCUCUAGAAAACCAAGAGAGAACAAACAACAGAAUUUGCUUUAAUCAUGUGCAAUCCAUUGAGUUUCUACCCAUUUUUCUUGCAGGAGUCUUAUAAUUUCCCAUAGCUACAGGACAAGUAGCGAAACAGGCGAACCUUUUGUUGGCAACUGCAUCUGCUGUUGAAUUGCUACCAGCCAUGAAGCACAUAACCCCAUCAGAAAAUAGCAGAAGCUAAAUUCUGUGUGACUGGUAUGAGAUUACCUGUAACCAAACAGCAAUAUUUCUGUUUGGCUCCUGGCUGUGAUGCGGUAGCUGCUUAAAAUACUGCUAUGUGCACCCCAAUCUCUGAGCAGAGAGAGAUUUCAGGGGUGCUGUCAGCACAUAACUCAUGGUUGGUUUCCUUAAACUGUAGGUCACUGGAGACUGUGGUGUCUUUGUUAUAUUAUGGGAUGGUGGGAAUUGGGAGUCCCCAUCCCUGAUGUAGGAG